UGAUAAUGAAAAUAAAGAAGCAAGAGCAACAGGUUGGUAAUGAUUUUGUUAAUUGGACUUUAUUUUUAUUUUUUAAAUUUUUCACUAAAUUGCUUGUAUUUUUUUCAUUAAGAUAUUGUUUACUGGAUACUUUUCUUAUAGAUUUCUAUCUGUAUCAUUUUAAGACAGAACAGGAGUUUUAGACUAAAAGCAAAUUCUACUCAUUGAGGAUGCAUAGUCCAGUGAGAAAAUAUGGUAGUAGGCGAUAAGGUUGAACAUUCUUUGUUAACAAAACAAAUGUAAUGUAGAUAUAGAUAAUAGCUCCACCCAAUACAAAGGGACAACCAAAAUAUGCAUUGGAAAAUUUGACAUCUUAUAUUGUUGUUCAUUGAUUAAAGGAAAACACUAUAGUUUAGGAAUACGAAACUGUACCUUUUAACCCUUUAAUUCCAGCGCCAAGCUCUCUCAACGCUGGCUUGGGUCUCCUCCUCCCACAACGCCAUGCCGAUGGAGGAGCUCUCAACAUGCGCUGCGAGCACCCAGCCCGCUUCAGAGCUCCCCUACAGGAAAGUAUUGAAUCAGUGCUUUCCUAUGGGGAUUUUGAACACGCUGGAUGUCCUCAUGCAUUUAACAACAUUUCACAGAGACAAACUCUGUUAGAAGCCAAGAAGUGACUCUAGUGACUGUCUGGAAGACAGCCACUUGAGUUACAAAAAACAGGAUACCCGGCACACUAGUCCCGCCCUACAAGGCGGACACCUAACUGGCAGGUGGUCUGUGCAAACGGACACCACAGAUCCGCUAGGCAAUCAAAAAAGUAGAGUGCAUGUGCUACACUCCGAGAUUCUGAGGAUGUAAGUUUAUUUAAGGGUACACAAUUAAGGCUCUUGGGAGACGAAAUGUUGCAUUGUUUUGUGGAAUGGCAUACCCUUAUGUGAACUUACAUCAUCAGAAUCAGAGUGUAGCCAGUAGAGGUUUUCUUAACCUUGCAAUGUAAACAUUGCAGUUACUCUGAAACUGCAGUGUCUUUUACUUGAUGGCUUAAAGGGACAGGAGCACUGCAGUCCCAAAAAACGAAGUACAAUAUAGUAAUGUAUGUAUAAAUCAAAGUUGAGAUGUUGUAAAUUUUGCCUUUUAAUCCCUUCUAGAAUGUGUAUGGAUAUAGAUUCAUUCUACUAUUAAGUGUCUCCCAGGAACUUUUCAGUGCAUAAAAAUCAUGAAUCCUGUAGUGUCACAAAUCUAAGCUUAUGUGAGGGAGUCUGGCUUUGUUCAUAAUAGACGUUUAUGAUGUACGGUAAUAUGCCCCAUAAAGGAUUUAGUCCCCACAAUAUUAAUAGUGUGGAUUAAAAAAAUAAUAAUAUUGGUACAAGGUAUAAAAAAAAGCAUAAAAUUCUACUACUGUGGCUUUUUCAAAGUGUUCUACUGAUAUAGUGUUUAUUAGUGAUAUUGCAGAAGGUCUUGAUGGUAAGGUAUGUCUUUUUGCUGAUGAUACUAAGAUAUGUAACAGGGUUGAUGUUCCAGGAGGGAUAAGCCAAAUGACAAAUGAUUUAGGUAAACUAGAAAAAUGGUCAGAAUUGUGGCAACUGACAUUUAAUGUGGAUAAGUGCAAGAUAAUGCAUCUUGGACGCAAAAACCCAAGGGCAGAGUACAGAAUAUUUGAUAGAGUCCUAACCUCAACAUCUGAGGAAAGGGAUUUAGGGGUGAUUAUUUCUGAUGACUUAAAUGUAGGCAGACAAUGUAAUAGAGCAGCUGGACAUGCUAGCAGAAUGUUUGGUUGUAUAGGGAGAGGUAUUAGCAGUAGAAAGAGGGAAGUGCUCAUGCCAUUGUACAGAACACUGGUGAGACCUCACUUGGAGUAUUGUACACAGUACUGGAGACCGUAUCUUCAAAAGGAUAUUGAUACUUUAGAGAGAGUUCAGAGAAGGGCUACUAAACGGGUUCAUGGAUUGCGAGAUAAAACUUACCAGGAAAGGUUAAAGGAUCUUAACAUGUAUAGCUUGGAGGAAAGACGAGACAGGGGGGAUAUGAUAGAAACAUUUAAAUACAUAAAGGGAAUCAACACAGUAAAGGAGGAGACUAUAUUUAAAAGCAGAAAAACUACCACAACAAGAGGACAUAGUCUUAAAUUAGAGGGACAAAGGUUUAAAAAUAAUAUCAGGAAGUAUUACUUUUACUGAGAGGGUAGUGGAUGCAUGGAAUAGCCUUCCAGCUGAAGUGGUAGAGGUUAACACAGUAAAGGAGUUUAAGCAUGCAUGGGAUAGGCAUAAGGCUAUCCUAACCAUAAGAUAAGGCUAGGGACUAAUGAAAGUUUUUAGAAAAUUGGGCAGACUAGAUGGGCCUAAUGGUUCUUAUCUGCCGUCACAUUCUAUGUUUCUAUGUUUCUAUGUUUCUAUAGCUGAGGCAAGUGGCAGAGGAGACAGCAUAAUCAUUACGAUUACCAGGAAGGGGCAUAACUAAAGGAAAAAAUGAUGACGCUUUAAGAAUAUUUUUCUUCAUUAGCAGUAUUACAUAUAACACUUCUAAAGCUCUCAAUGAGACUAAAUAUCAUUAUUUUGUGUCAAUAAAUCUUAUUGUUAAUCCUAAUUGUCUCUGACUAUAUUACAUAUGAUGAACUAGAGAAUAAUCUGAGGAGUCUAAAUAUGCUCCACCAGAUGCUUAUUGGACAACUUAAUUAGUUAUUGAAAGAAUAUGACUUGUCAAGAACAAGGAGUGGUGGACCUCGAUUUUUUUAGUGCAUGGGUGCCCAAAAGGUAGAUCCCCAGAUGUUUUAAAGCUACAGCUUCCAUGAUUCUUUGCCAUUCUAAAGGCAUGCAAACAAAGCUUAAUAGAGGUUGUAGCUCUACAACAUCUGGUAAUCUACAUUUUGGGCACCCCUGCUUUAGAGUGUGGCUUAUACUUCCCUCACCACGACCUAUAACUUGUCAUUCACAGUGCAAGCUGCAGAAUAAUUUCAUCUGUCAAUCCUGUCCUUCUUUUUGCUUUAGAUAAUAAAUUAAUUAAUUUUCAUCCUAUUGUGCAUAUCAGUGAACCACUGCAUGCAUCUGCUGUGUUUUGGAUGAAGGGACAGAUAAAUCCAUGCAUUAUGGUGUAGGCAAGGGCAAGAUCUGCGUAAAAUUAAUAUUAAAGUAGGGACUGCCUAGAAUACCUAAUUCAGGAUGCAUCCUCCUCCUGCUGUAGGAAACGGUAAGGGUCAGAAGUGCAUACUCACGCACUGCUGUCUUGCAUUUCAAAAGCUCCCAACAUUGACUGCAUAGCAAACAUUUUAUGAAAUAGCUUUGCAACCUUUCAGUCUUACGACAAUUCUAUAUACACUGCCUGCAUUCCAAUUGGUUCAGAGGCAGAACCCUCCAGAAUGUACCAGAGAGUCUGCUGCUGCAAAGCAGUGCUCAUUUCUGCUGAUGCAGUCUUUGUAAGAAUGUCUCUCCAGAGAGACUGGGAUGUCAUUUUGAUCCCUCUGUAAAACCCAGCUUUUGGACUUUCUACUGGCUACAGUGUUAUCAUAAAGCUCUUCUCUGCCAAUAGGAUGUCUUCGUUUGUCCUGUAACCGCAAAAUAAAGCUUAAAGAGACACCGCAAGCACAAUAGCCAUCUAUGUUCCUGGCAUAGGCUGCUUUGCAUUGCACUCCCAGUUCAUUCUGUCUUUCUGUUCAGUAGAGCUGUAAUGAUAUACAGAAACUGCCGCAGCUACAUGCUUAUCCCUCCGCUUCCUGUUAGCAUUGUAGGCUGCUAUUUCACAUCACAUGGAGAUACUCUCUAAUAUCACAAAGGAAAUAGCUUAUAAAGCAUUUGCACUCUAUACAAGUCCUGAUUAAUUUGUAAGCAGCCCGUAUAGCAACUGUGCAUACAGGCCUUCCUCAAGCUACGGCAUAUAGAGUGUUUGACUAGAAACCAAAGCGAGUAGCUUUGUAUAUUAAAACAAAACCACACUGGGAUAUUCCUGGUAAACCCGGAAUUUGUAAAGAGUCGCCAGAGUAUUACUUGUAUUUGGCUAGAAUAGGUAGAAAAUUCUUUCAAAUCAAUUUUUUCUAACAUUUGUAGUUUCCUGGUUUUGUUUAGCAACUCAAUGCUAAGCCACGCAGUAAUGAACAUAUACUUCAGAGUUUUAUUUUUACCUCUUCUUUUUAUUCUUCUCCGUAGUUGAACAGUAAAUUCCCGCUGGCCACGCGGAUUGCUGUUGCAUCACUGCAGUCGCUAGGAAGCCCGAGAACUCUGGCUGCAUAGAGGAAGAAGAAACCGGAAAGCAGUGUCUUUUGGGAGUAGCAAGGAUUUUAAAAUGAAGGUCUGUUUUUAACAACAUUUCUAACUCUUGACUGAAAAUGGCAGUAGCUACAGUGAUGCGGUCAUUCACUAAACCAAGAAUUAUCGGGGACUGGCCAGGGGAUUUCAUAUUGUUGGCUACAUUUUACAAAUUAACCACGUUGGCUUUCCCCCCUCCCCAGCUUGACUGUGUUGACUUAAAAUUUGCAAUUCACUUGUCAAUACACCACGAUUCCCAGUUUAUUGAAUAAUUCUAUUGUAUAGUACGAUGUGCUUUGUGGAAGCUGGUUAAAAAAUAUAAUGUAGAUAUAAAGAGACCUUUAAGCAGUGUCUUCUCUGUUAAAGGGACACUCCAGGCAGCUAAACAAGUUAAGCCUAAAUUAAAGCUAAUAAGUUCAAAAUACCUGUUUUUAGUUUCUCUUCUUCCAAUUCUGUGUAGUUUUCCUGCAGUGCUGUAAAAUGUUUUGCUCUUUUCAGCAGUGUAACCCAGCCUCCUUAGCCUUCCCCUUAUCAUAUUUCUACAUGUUCCUGAUUCCCAGUCUCUGAAAGAAACGUACCUUUUGCAGCCAAUGAAAAUAGAGGAGUGUCUUCUGUAGUGUAAGGAAUGCUCGCAGCACAUAUUGCACUGUAGAGAUAAGGCUAGAGCCCAUAUGCCCUCCUCUCCCUCCCUCCCUCCCUGAAAUGCAAGUAAUAAAAUCUCCAGCCAACCUCCUUUCCCUGCCAGCCCAUCUCACUACCCACUGUUAACCUAUUCCCCUCCAGCCAAAUAAAUAGAGAUCUAGAUUGACAGAGAUCUAGAUGGACCGAUAGAUACAUAUAUAGAUAAAGAGAAAUAGGUAGAGAUAUUGCCUGGGAAUAUUCCCAUGGAUUUAAAAAAAAAAAAAAAUCAUUUUACUGAAUGUUGUCUUUACUUUUUCUCUCACUAAUAAUGACGGCUAUUUAUUGCUUUUCUUUUUCUAUGUGCAGAAAUGUACAGUGGAGCCUCAGAACUCGAACUUAAUCAGGUUCCGAUUUGUUCGCGAAUUGGAUCAACAUUUCCCAUAAGAAUUAAUGUAAAUUUGAUUAAUCCGUUCCAGACCCCCAAAAUUAAGUCAUUUUAACACAAAUGUUACAGUUUAAUAAUGCCUUACAUGCAUAACACAGUGUACAGUAAAUUAAAUGAAAAUGUAACUUCACUUUACGUAAUGAUGAGAGUUAAUGGCAUAAGUGGAAAGGAGAAGAGAUCUUGUUUGGAUGGGGAUAGGUAACUGUUCUUCUGGCAUUUAAAAUGUGUCUAAAGUGUAUCUAAUUGAAGGUGUUUGUGGCAUGCUUUGUUUAGGUACAGAGGAUCAUUCGUGUACCGAGACCUUUUUUUUUACUCAAAAUUUUUGUUCAACUUUCGAAUUAUUCGAGAAAGGGACCGUUGGAUUUCCGAGGUUCCACUGUAUUUGUAAAUUGGCAUGUUAAAGGGCGACUGUCACUUGUCAAACUUUUUUAAUAUUCUUUUAAAUUAUCUGUUUAGUAAAUAAAAUUGAAUUUAUAAAUCUAAAUAUCCUUUUCCUGCAAUUGGACACCUCCAUAAUAGCUCCCUGUCAAUAAUUGUUACAUUGUUAUAAAGUUUGUCCUUUGCACCUGGCAGUCAGACCAGAGAUUGUAUAGAGAAGAGGAGAGAUGGACAAUGUUACUAUUUCUUCUCACUUAUGUUUGCCCUGGCUUUGUCUUGCCUGAACUGGGUUAUGAUGUAAUUUGCUAAAUUUUAUUUUAAAUGAAAAUGGAGCAUCUCGUGAAAAAAGGUUAACAGAAGUUAUAGGUGAGUUUCAGUGUUAUAUUAAUUGGCUUCUCCCGUUAGUGUUUCUAAUUUCCCGGAACUAUGUUGCAGUUCAACAAUUGUAGGUAACCAAUUGGGGCUACCCUAAUGUCACCUGCCUUAAGGAAUGAAUUGGUAGCAUGAUAAUGCUAGAUCCAAAUGCACACAUCCACAUUGGCUCUUUUUCUCUGACAGUGAGUUCAUUCAAUGAAACUGACAAAGUCAGAAAAAGCUGUAGGGGGAAUAAUGGAGUUGCAUAACCCGAUUUUGCUCACUGAGUUUAAGAAUUGUUUGUAGAUCUGCCAUUUCUAGCUAAGGUAAAACGCCAUAUCUUGGCAAGUUUCCUUGGGUUAAGUAACUCUCAAAUGCAUUUUCUAUUAAACUUUCAUGGAAGGAUCCUGCAGAGUUUUCUGAUCUGGCUGUAAGUGAAAGUACUGCAGAAAGAAAAUUGGAUCUCAGUGUUCUUUGUAAAUAACAUAAUGUGUAGGAAAUGAAUGAGAUCCACAUUAUUCUGCACCCCAAGUUCUACUUUCUCUAGUGGUUCACAUAUAGCUACAUUUUUACCACAUACAAUGUGACCUUACCCCACCCUUUCUUUGUUAGGACUAGUUGGUAGUUAAAAACUUGUUUAGGUAUUUAUUUAUUUUUUUGUAUGUGUAUAUAUGGAUUAGUCAUUUUUUUAAAAUUAGACCUGUCAUGGUCAAUUUAAAAGAAGCCGGAAUAGGCUUUUUUCCCCUCAGUAAUCUAUACUGUUUUCGAACUACUUUGAAACAUUAGUAUAGGAGAAAAGGGAGGAAACCGCGCCUUACAUAAAUUAUAUAUACAUACACUUGAUGUCUCUUAGUAGUUUCGGAUAAUUUAUCCUCGAAAAGAAAACAGAAAGAGUAUAUACAAUAGUGUAGUAUGUUAAAUAAUAUUAGGAAAAAGUGAUAAAUAAAACGGAGGUAUUUUUCACUCACAUUUGGUAGAGCUACUGUGGGAGCUCUACCAUAAUUGGCAUGGACGGUACCAUCCCCGUCUUAGGAUAAGAAGUCCAACGUCUUAGGUACUCCAAUGGUGUAGUAGUGCAGAUAAAAAUGGAAAACAAGAAACUCCAAUAGUGUAAUAGUUCCAACUCCAAGUAUAAAUGGAUAAAUAGAAAUAUAUAUACUCACAUUUACUAGAGCAGAAAACUUGCUCUAGUUUAUAAGGCUUGCAGUGGUAUAAUCCCCACUGUAGGAUAUACAGGCCAGGAAGUAAGAUGGUGCAAAUAAAAUAUAAUAAAAUGGAAUAUAGCUUUAAAAGAUAUAUAUUUAAUAAUGUAUCAAACAGAAUAAAAUAAAAGCUAUAUAAAAUAUAUAUAGCUUUUUAUAUAGCUUUUAUUUUAUUCUGUUUGAUACAUUAUUAAAUAUAUAUCUUUUAAAGCUAUAUUCCAUUUUAUUAUAUUUUAUUUGCACCAUCUUACUUCCUGGCCUGUAUAUCCUACAGUGGGGAUUAUACCACUGCAAGCCUUAUAAACUAGAGCAAGUUUUCUGCUCUAGUAAAUGUGAGUAUAUAUAUUUCUAUUUAUCCAUUUAUACUUGAAGUUGGAACUAUUACACUAUUGGAGUUUCUUGUUUUCCAUUUUUAUCUGCACUACUACACCAUUGGAGUACCUAAGACGUUGGACUUCUUAUCCUAAGACGGGGAUUGUACCGUCCAUGCCAAUUAUGGUAGAGCUCCCACAGUAGCUCUACCAAAUGUGAGUGAAAAAUACCUCCGUUUUAUUUAUCACUUUUUCCUAAUAUUAUUUAACAUACUACACUAUUGUAUAUACUCUUUCUGUUUUCUUUUCGAGGAUAAAUUAUCCGAAACUACUAAGAGACAUCAAGUGUAUGUAUAUAUAAUUUAUGUAAGGCGCGGUUUCCUCCCUUUUCUCCUAUACUACUGUUCUAACAAGGCUGGGAAUCCUUGUAUUUGUUACUGCUGCCUAUUUUAUUGUUUAUUCUUUGGAGUGAGCACCUGACACAUCUCUUCUUUUACUUUGAAACAUUGAACAUAUUGAUGUUGACAAGUUUACAUUCAACUGUUGGAAAAAUACAAUCUGAUAGUCAAUGUGUGUUCUUGCCUAAUAAGCAGCAUUUAUAGGUUUGAUAUGGUUUACAUGUCUUUGAAAUGUUUUUGUUUGUUUUACUUCUUUUUGACCAUUUUUAUUUUGCUAAUGUUGAUCUUUUUUUUUGUUAUCAAUUGUAGCUCCCCAAGCUGAAAGCACUUAGCUACUCACCAAUGUCCAGUGCCUCGAUAUCCUGCGAACAUGCUGUGCUGACUCCUUAUUCGGACUCCAGUACCCAGGAUUUUCACCCAGUAACACUUCUUGAUACCCCCACCCGGCUCCUGGCUGAUAAUGACUUGUACACUGGUGGCGGGGAUGAUACCUGUGAUCUUAACUCUCUGACUAAUCUUAAUGGUAUGGAGGACAGUGGAGGGGGUGGGACGGGAGUAAAGAAGAAACGUAAAAAAAAGGAGCUUGGAGAGGAGAAGGCGGUUAAACCAAAGAAGAAGAAGGAGCCCAAGAAAGUCAAAGAGCCUAAAAAAGCCAAGGAGCCAAAAGAGCCCAAGGAACCCAAGCAGCCGAAGAUCCCCAAGGAACCUAAAAAGCCUAGGAAACCACGGGAACCUAAACCUCCUAAAGAGAAGAAGGGAAAUCCAGAUUCAUCUGCCAAAACCAAACCCAAGAAAACAAGGUGAGCCUAUUCUAUUAGAUGAUAAAAGCACUAAAGCCUUGUUCUCAUGAUAAUUUAUAUUUUAUAUGCAGGUUUCCUACUUAUGUUAAAUACGUUCUGUGGUGUUGGUAGAUUUUAAAUAUUUGUUGUCACAGUAGUAGUACUGUAUUAGAUGUAUAUCAGAAUGGCUAUAACAUAUUGUACAAGAAUUUUUUUUUUUUUUUUUUUAUUUGAGUAAACUGCCGUCAGGAUAAGACUGGCAUACGAAGACAGCUAAGAAUCCACAGUACUGCAGAAACCAGAUUUAAUUCUUAAUUCCCAUCACUUCUUAAACCUGCAGUCUCCAAUAUAGGUAACCGUGGAAGCCUGUAUCCAUUGAAAGGCUAUAUUAGUCACCAAUUAUGCAAUAUCAUGCCUACAGGAACAGGUAGAAUGUAUGUUUGCACUUGGGCUCCAUGCAACCACAGGGUGUCCUAGUAUCCAUUGACCUUUCUAAUAUAAUGUAGCGAGAAGUUGUGGAAAGUUAAUAGACUUACGUAAUGUAAGAGUCAGAUUGAUAAUACUCUCCUUGAUCAUAGUGAUCCUCAGGGCUUCUUUUUUACACUUUUUUGUGUGUUUCUUUGUGUUACUACUGUACUAUUGGAUGUAUGUUUUACUGUUCUCAACAAAGAAACCAAAGAAUUGUAUUUCAUUUUUAAAUAUAGGUGAAGUAUCUUGAGCAAUUUGCACUUGGUGGAUAUCCUUAAUUACUUCACAGCAUCUCUUGGUGAUAAUUUCAAGUGCAAAACGGUUUUAAUAAGGACUAAUGGGUUAUACUGAAGUGUUUGUCUGCAUUUGCGAUGGUGUAAUUUAUUAUAUUUAAAAUUAAAUUCUUGUCCCCUCCCCUCUCCCAUAUUUUAUAAUGGACAUAAUGAUUGACAUAUGUCAAUAGGGGGAUGUGGUAAAAACAGUGUGUGAUAGACUUUAAUUGUGGUGGCAUCUUCUUAUACCAUAUAGUAUAGCGCACUGUGAAAGCAGAGCACCAUUCACAAAUGGUUCAUCAUUAUUUAUAAAAUAUAGAACUGAGCAAAAUUACUCCCUUUUGCAAAAAGCUCAGUUGGACCUUUCUUUAAUGGUUGCAUCUUAGCAAAUGACUGUUUUGACGACUGUAUAAAACUGACUUUGACUUGAGGUUUAUGAUCUGAAUUACUAUUUUAUAUGUUUGAUUUAAAAAUAUUCCUCACAGAUAUGUCCACUUUUAAAGACUGUUGGUUAUUAGUUGCAAUAGAUAUAAAGAUUUGUUUGUAGAAUCAUACUAAAACUACAAUAUUCACAUAAACACAGGGCUAACUUUUUAAUGAACCAACAGUUAGGUUUAAAUCCCUGUCUGCUCGAUUUGACCGCUUGCAAAUCAUGAUCUUUCAUUGCCCUGGAUAGUAAGGAAUGAUUUGAUAUCAUUGUGAGGAGCAUAAACUCAUUGAAGAAUCCUGUGUAUAAUGAGCACAUUAUCAUUCUUUAACAAGCUACUCUUUUUAGAUGUGGUGGCAUUCACACGAUAAUUCAAAACAAAAAAUGUAUCUGUCUCUUGGGUAAUAACACUGCUUGCAAAAUGUACAGUAAGCAAGAUAUUGAUGCAGUCCUCAGCAAACCAUGCAAAGUCAUUUUUAUUUCAAAAUAAUAUAACAAUUUGUAUCUUAUUUCAUAUGCAGGGCCAGUUUUUUAAAUUUUUUUACUUUUUUUUUUUUUUUUAAAUCACUUUCUGGAUUUUUAAAAAAGAAAUCUCUACAUAAAAAUCUACAAUUGGGGUAAAAGUAGAGGCAAAAUUAAUUGUACAAUGGCAAAUCUUUGCACACAGUGGGAGAGAUUUAUGUAAUUGUUCUGCUCUAAAAAAAAUAAAAUAAAUGAAUAAAAUGGUGCAAAGUAGAAAAAUGGGUUAAUGACCAAGGAAGCCAUUAGAAUCAUUGGGCACAUGUAAGGCUAGGGACUCUUCCCCUAAAUCCAUACCCCCUUAAAUGCACUUUAUAUGAAGAAAUUGCAAAUCUCUAUAUUAUUAAGCAUCAACAUAUUCUGCAGCACUGUACAGUUGGGGGAAGAGACCGCAUGAUAUAAAUAGGCCAAUAGAAAAGAUUGAGUGCCCUGCCUCAUACAAAGUAUUUAGUUUAACUAUACCAAGACCAUGGACUUUUGUGCAGUGCCAAUUGUUGGUUAAAGGGACACUAUAGGCACCCAGACACCUUCAUCUCAUUGUCCCUGUCCCCUUAGCCAUUCAAUGUAAAACAAGGGGAGGUGUGUGUACUGCUUAGUUCUGCUAAUAUUUUAAGUUUAGUCGAAGUUGUCUAAAGCCUAACUGGCAGGAGACUCUUUUGUUUGUUUUGUGAUAGUUGACAUUUUUGGGGUAAUAUGUUAAGGAGCCAAACAGACUCCUUAAAGUGAAUCUUACAGCAUCUUUGUCAGAAUUAGCUGAUUGUGUAUUUAGCCCCACAUUGUAAACUUAAAGGGACAUUAUAGUCACCAGAACAACUACAGCUUAUUGUAUUUGUUCUGGCGAGUAUAAUUAAUCCCUGCAGGCUUUUGCAUGGAGACACUGAACUUUCCUCAUAGAGUUGCAUUGAUUCAAUUCAUCUCUAUGAGGAGAUGCUGAUUGUCCAGGGCUGUGUCUGCCCCAAUCUGCCUCCUAGACAUUCUGAGCCAAUCCUUUACUAUCUUUUAUGGGAAAGCAUUGUGAAUGGCUCAGAUCACCACUUCUGAUGUCAGCCAAGCAGGCAGAUCAGGGGCAGAGCCAGGUUCAGCAGACUGGGAUAAGAUUUAAGAUUUUACUAUAUUUAUGGGGACCGGGAGGGAGGGUAGGGAGGGAGUAGAUGGUGGUUUUAACACUACAGAGUCAGGAAUACAUGUUUGUGUUCCUGACUCUAUAGUGUUCCUUUAAAUUAUUUAAAAGAAAUAUAUAGUAAUUCAAGCAUUCAGCAUUCUAUUCAUUUAUAUACAUAUAUAUAUAUAUAUAUAUAUAUAUAUAUAUAUAUAUAUAUUUUUUUUUUUUUUUAGGGUAGAAUUAAUUUACUAUUGUUUUCAUGCAAAUCAAACUAUAGCUUUGACAAUGGCCGCUACACAUACUCCAAACAUAUAUAAAAAUAUAUCUUUAUUAAUAAAACACUAAUCUCAUUUGCUGAAGUACAGAGUUUAGGAGCUAAUGUGAUCAUUGUAGAGACAGUUUUAGCAUUCUCAACCUUUAAAGCUGUCAGACUAUAUUCAAAUCCUUCUUAAGGGGGCACUGUAUGACAAUUAUUUACAUAUUUGAAGGGACUUUAUCAUACAUAUUAUAGUUGGUUGACUCAUUAACAUUAUAUCUUAUAAUAUAUGUAAUAUUAAUGAUUGUAAAAUACAUUGGCAUUCCUAGUUCUUCAUACCAAAUGAAAGACAUCCAUGAGCUUUUACAAAAUAUGUAUUUCCCCCCGAAAAUCUAUGGUGUUGGACAACAUUUCAGUACUAAUAUGCAUCUUUAAACCAACAAACCAUUUUUGUAUAAGUAUUGUCUGACUGUGCUGAUGAGAUGUUUAAUUUUUUUCUAAUUUUAUUUUUUACAAUUUAUAUUUUAUUUGCAAUUUUCACAUAACAAAAUACAUCUGCUUCGUAAAAUAAUAGAGAUUACAGGAUAUUGGUUUCCUCCUGUCUAUUGUCAUAGGCAUAUCGAGGCAUGACUAAUUUGCUGUCACUCAGACUUGUCAUACACUUCUAGGGUAUCCACACGCUCCCUGCAUCUGGUAUGUGGCUGUUGUGAUUAUUGUAAUGUUGGCAGGAGGACAGCAUUGUCAUCCAACCGUCGGGUAGGUGUGUGUGGAGCCAGUAACUGUGGCAAGGAACAUUGUCAAUGGUAAACUUAAACUAAGUCAGGCCUAGUCAACUGUUGCGAACCAUGUUAAACAAAAUACAAUAAACUAAUAUAAAAUAAAAUACAUUAGGGUGAACCAGGCCUGAAGAUUAAGUCUGGGUAGCCUGGUCAUAUAUCAGUUGUGAGUCUUUCACACACUGUUCAGUGCCAUCAAGUCUCAUCUCCUUCCACCUCCCACCCAUCCGGUUUGGUUUCCGUAGAAAGAACAUGGGGUGUUUGGAGGUCAGAGUGAUGGUCUCGGCUCCUUGCGGGACUAUAAAGGAUCCAUCUUCUCUCCAUCGGUAACAUAUCUCUGUGUCUCUAAGCAUCUUGGCUAUUGGAGUCAGCUGUCUCUUCGCCGUCAGCACUGUGAACGGUAAGUCUCCAGAGAUACAGAGCAGUUUUCAAAGCGAAUAGUGCCUAAUUAUCUUGGAUAUGAUGGCAGAUCGAACUGCAAUGUCUCUGGUGACUGUAAUUGUAUCUCUGGAUGCUCCUUGUGGAGCGGUUGCUGCCUUGCGGACACUGAAGGAUGUCUGUAUCAUGCCCUUGGUGUCUUUUCCUGGUAGGCCCAUUGUAUAAAAUAAAGGGUAGUAGUGCUUCACCUCCAAUACUUUCUGGCACUCCCCUCACUAGUACGUUCCGUCUUCUGUGACGGGAUUCUAAUGUGAGUACAGAGCUGGAGAGUUUUUGCACUUGCUCGGCCAGGUCUUCCACCUGGGUGUGGGUUGUGUGUAUUUGUUUCUCUCGUGUUUGUCCUUUGGUUUCCAUUCUCUGUGAUUUUCUUGCAGAGUUCCCCUAUCUCCGAUUGUGCUUCUUUAAAGUCUGAUUUCCAGACUUUACGGAUGUCUAGUAGAAGGUGACACCGGUGAGGAGUCAUCAUCGGAAUCCAUGUCCGAGUUAAUCUCACCCGGUCAUGUCGACAUGAGCUUGUCCCUUUCCUCUUGGGGUGCCUCUGAGGCCUCUUCCUCACUGUGAGUACCAGGCCCCAUAGCCUUGGGCCUCUUGGGGUCUCUGGAGGGCGAAACCUCUUAUUUUUACGCCCCAUGGUCAUCUCUGUUGGGGGGGGGUCAGAAAAAUACUUUUCUGCUGGAGCUGGUAACUAUGUAAGUUUGCCGAUAUUUGCACAGAUAGCUCUGAGCUCCACAGGCUUGCGUUUAGUCUCUCUCGCUGUCCUUAAUUAUUUAUUUUAAUGGAUCAGGAUUUUCAGGCUGACCCAAUUCAAGAUUCGGUCUUUUGCAUUUUCAUCUUUGUAUGCCACUGUGAAUAUUUCUGGUAUAGGAGAUGGAAAAACAUUUUGUAAGUUUAAUGCUUCUUUUAUAUUUAAAAGAAGAAAAACUACUAGAACAAGAGGACAUAGUCUUAAAUUAGAGGUUCAAAUGUUUAAAAAUGAUUAUAGCCUUCCAGCUGAAGUGGUAGAGGUUAACACAAUGAGGGAUUUUAAGCAUGCAUGGUAUAGGCAUAAGGCUAUCCUAGACUUAAGAUAAGGCCAUGGACUAAUGAAAGUAUUUAGAAAAUUGGGCAGACUAGAUGGGCCACACUGUCCUUAUCUGCUGUCACAUUCUAUGUUUCUAUGUAACAGUUCAAUGGUUUAUCAUUAGUAUUGAGCAAACAGAAAAGGCUCAUAUGAUUCUUUAUACUCCAAACAUUGAGGCUCAGCAGUCUGGUCUGUUGUCCACUGCAUUUUUCUCCCUUUUAAUAGCGCAUUAGGUUUAAUGAGGAGAGAAAUCAAUCGGUGCAGAUGUUGUACACCAAAAAUGCUUUUAUGACCUCUUAUAACCUAACAUGUAGCUAAAUAUCCUAUUUCCCCACAGUAAGGAACCGGGACCAACCCCAGUAGAGAAAAAAAAGAAAGGAAAGCGGAAAGCUGAUUCUUGUGAGGAGAUCCUGGAAGGAGAAAUGUCCAUGCUGAACCCUGCGUCUCAGAGCACAGAAGAAUCCACAGAGUCUCUGGACAGCCAGGUACAGACAUUUAUGGUCUGGAAUUUACUUUAGGAUUCUAAUGUUGAAAACAAGUUUAAAGUACUACUGCAUUACAAAGUCAGUUGCAGUUUUACCAGAAUGGGUUAAACCAUUAAUGACCGGUUUAAUCCCAAAGUUUGCAAGCUGGCACCUGAUUGCUCUGUCUCUUCACUUGCUCUGAAUGUCAGAAAUUUCAGUCAGGGAGCCUUGGAUGAGGCGCUGUUGAUCGACUGAGAUCUUAGAGAUCACGAUCUCUCCAUUGAGAAAGGUUAUCAAAAAUGGUAAAUUAACAAACAAUUUAACCACUACAGGGUUUAACCCCUCGAUGACCUACUUGCAGCAUAACAACCUCAUUGUGAUGAAGUUGUUAAGGUGCACAGAGUGGUUCGUUUUAAAGGAUCAGUCUAUAAGCACCAUCACAACUUUGUAGAAGCUGGUGAUGCGUAGAGUAUCCUGUGUCCUCUCAGCUCUAAGAGUGGCUUAGACCAGCAACGAUCUGUAAAAUCAGGCAGUUAAAAUGGUUCUCUCCAGCUGCCCAGAACCGAUUAUGUCCAGCUUUCCUUGCAAAUGGUAUGCACACAGCUUGAACGGAGAGCCAAGUUGUGGCUUGUGCAUUAGCAGACUUUGGCUCUGAUUGACAGCAGUUGGUGUAUGGCUGCCCUCAGCUUGCAGAACAGUUUCACUCCUACUGUGUGAUGAGUAGAACUACUCUGGGGACGGGGAUUAAUUACAGGACGGGAUUGUAUGAUAAGACUAUAGGCCUUUAUUCCAAACUGAGAUAAUCUUUUAUUGGAGGCUUCCUUACUGGUCACAUAGAGACAGAUCUGGUAAACAGUGUAACUGCCGGGAACUUUGAAGAUCUUGAUGUAGAAUUUCUGCAUUACCAAUUGUGGCAGGAGGGGCAUGGUUGUUGGGUACCUUUUUAAAACCACCGGUUUGGGACUCCAAAGGUUUGUCUCCAAAAAUUUAGGAAUGGAGACCUCUGCUUAAUUUCACUAUAACCACUACAUGGUCAUGUAGUGGUUAUUGUGCCCAGACUGUUUCUUUAAGUGUCUCUAGAAAAAGUGUUAGAAAAACGAAGUAUAUUGAUAGGCUUGAUAGAAAUGUGUAAAUUUCCACUCAACUUCAGAUAAUCCAGAUUGUCUUGCAGUGCCUAGUUUUCUAUCUAGCUAUUUACAGUGUCUCUCUCAUUUUGUGCAGAAGCGACGGUCGGGCCGGCAGGUGAAGAGGAGGAAGUAUAAUGAGGACCUGGAUUUUAAAGUGGUGGAUGACGAUGGAGAAACAAUUGCAGUCUUAGGUGCUGGGAGAGCUUCUGCUUUGUCUGCGUCCACGCUUGCCUGGCAGGCUGAGGUAGCCAACUACUUUAGACAAUUUAUGCCUGAAGAUUGUGUUACUUGAUAUUGUGUUACUAAUUCUGGGUAUUGAUUGCCAUUAUAUUACCAAUACAUUCUAAGUAUAUAAUGUAAUUCUAUGAGUUAAUUAACUUCUAACACGAUUUAUUAUUAAAUAGUGUAUAGCAAACUGGGUAUUUGCGCUUUAACUUUAUUUUAGGGCUUAGAAAUGAGCCUUCUAUCCCCACUCAUUUACUGUUUCUGUGCUGUUUAAUCAGUGGUUAUUAUCAAAGAAUAUAAUGUAGAUUUAGAAGUCAAUUUCCUAAGAGAUGGAUUGGACCAUCUCAGAGGAGGCCAUGCCUCCUCUGUGAUAUGAAGGGAGGCGGAGAGGCGAACAUCACCGAGGGAGCCUUUGUACUGGAUAAAAGUUAAGUCUUAUAGGCUAUAGUUUUCAUUUAAGCCUAGAGCAGAGGAAUUUUAACUGUAGAAUUCCAUGUUUUUUUUUUUUUUAACUGGAUAAUAAAGGUUUUAAUGACUAAUAUUUUCAGUAGCAGCUUUUUUAUAACUCAUAGCUACUUUGAAUCACUGUGGAGAUUUUUCCCAUUUGUUUGGCAUAAUUGUUUUGUUUUUGUUUUGUGUUUUUUUUUAGUACCAAUUUUCAGUGCAAUAUUAAAUAUCAUAGAUGCUGUAAUGCAUUUUCAUGUAGAAUCUUCAAAGCAUUGCAAUAAAAUUAUAGGUGUAGAAAUAGAAGUGUAUAUAUAGGAUAACGCAUCUCUUGUGUCACAGGAGCCCCCUGAGGAUGACGCUAACAUAAUAGAACGGAUUCUGUCCUCAAGAAUAGUACAGAAAGAGGUAACUGUCUUCACAAUAAUAUUUUGUAUACGAGGUGUGCAUUAUUUUUGUUUGUCCUUACAAUUACCCCUCUCUGUGAAUUGUGUAUAUCUGUUAGAAUGACAGUGAUUCUCAAGUCUGGUUUUAUUUGUAAUGGUGAUUUUUAUGGCUGUCAUGGUUACUGAAAAACCUUUUCUCAAUCCGACCUGGGCUUAAGAGUCCGCUUAUUUGCUGUAGAAAGACGACGUUAUCAUAGAAUAGUUCUGCAUAAUAAUCGGGAGUUAACUGACCUCAGCCAUCUAUAAGAACACACUGCAGGGUAUUUACACAUAAUAUCCAUCAUAAAUCAUAUCUAUAUCUUAAAAAAGGCGAAAACAAAUGAUACAUUCGUACAAAAAUAUAGUGAAGGUUAGAUAACAGAGGAAACCUAGGGAAAGACAAAUUUUGAGAUAGAGGGGAUGAAGAGGUGAAGGUAAGAAACCAGAGACGGGCAAAAGAUGCCAGGAAAACCUCUGAGAAAAUGGUAGCUGUUUUAACAGGUUUAUCGUGAGCUUUACAAAGGUUGUUUUCCUAACGUAUAUGCCUUUUUGCUUUCCUUUGGUAAACCAUUUAUUCUUUUCAUGUUAUUUAUGUUAACACACACUAAUUGUGGGAAGUUUUAAUUUUAUUUACAUAUGUAAACUAUUCUAAACUAUAAGCAAAAAAACAGAAAAACAAAUGUAGCUUAAUAAAGUGGUUUUUGGUGUAUAGAACAUGCCCUUGCAGUCUAUCUGCUUAAUUCACUGCUAUUUAGGAGUUAAUUUACUUUGUUUAUGCAGCCCUAGCCACACCUUCCUGCAUGUGACCUACACAGUCUACCUACACACGUCUUGUAAGAGAACUCUGUUUAACCCCCUCCCGACCUUGGACGUACCUGGUACGGCCGUUAACGACCUUGGACGUACCUGGUACAUCCACGGCAAAUAUGCCCCAUUUACUUACCUGGACUGGCAAACCCAGUCCAGGGAAUCAUAUAUAUGCAUUAUAUAUGUAUAAUAUAUUAUAAAAUGCUUUAAUUAUUUUAUAAUAUAUUAUACAUAUAUAGGAAAUAAAGCUGUGUGUGUGUGUGUGUGUAUAUAUAUAUAUAUAUAUAUAUAUAUAUAUAUAUAUAUGUGUGUAUGUAUGUAUGUAUGUAACUAUUAACUACAUAAUUAUUUGAUUUUAUUAAUUAUAAUUUUAGGCACCUGCCUGACAGUCCAGGCAGACAGUCCAGAGAAUUUAAUUGGUAAGCCCUACAUUUAACCCUGUUACUUUCCAAAACACCAUAACCUUUACAUGGGGGAUAUUGUUCUACUCGGGAGACUUUGUUGAACACAAAUAUGAGUGUUUUAAACAGUAAAACUUCUCACGACGAUAUCACCAGUAAAAGUGCUUUUUUUGUGUAAAAAAAAAAAAAUGCAAAAAAACAAAUAUGAAUGCUAACUUUGACAAGCGUUUGUGGCUAAGUGGCUACUACAAAAGACUGGACGAUACCCCAUUUUGAAUACCGUGGGUUGUCUACUUUUACAAAUGGUAUGCCAUGAUGGGGUUAAUUUUCAUUCCUGGGCUGCCAUACGGUCUCAAAGGCAACAUAGGCCCAGCAAACCAAUCUGGCAAAUUUUAAUGGGCAAACAUGGAAAAGGGGAUUUGACCCCUGUAAUUUUGCAAAAACCUGUACCUGUAUGCCAUCAUGGGGGUAAUUCUCAUUCCUGGGCUACUAUACGCUCUCAAAAGCUGCAUAACCAACCUGGCAAAUUUCAGUGUGAAAAUCAAGCCUUAUAUUUGACUCUGUAACUUUCAAAAACACUAUAAAACCUUUACAUGGGGGGUACUGUUUUACUCUGGAGACUUCGCUGAACAGAAAUAUUAACAAAUAUUAAAAACAGUAAAACGUGAAGUUUUUUGAAUUUAGUUUUUACCCAAAAACAGCACUUUCACUGAUGAUAUAAUUGUUGUGAUACAUUUUACUGUUUUGAAACAUUAAUAUUUGUGUUCAGCUAAGUCUCCCAAGUAUAACAGUACCCCCCAUGUACAGGAUGUAUAGUGUUUUUGAAAGUUACAGGGUCAAAUAUAAGGCUGUUUUUUCACAUUCAAAUUUGCCAGAUUGGUUAUGUUGCUUUUAAGAGCGUAUGGUAGCCCAGGAAUGAGAAUUACCCCCAUGAUGGCACACCAUUUGCAAAAGAAGACAACCCAAGGUAUUGCAAAUGGGGUAUGUCCAGUCUUUUUUAGUAGCCACUUUUUUACAAACACUGGCCAAAAGUUAGCGUUCAUAAUAGUUUUUUGCAUUUUUAACACACAAACAAAUAUAAAUGCUAACAUUGGCGAGUGUUUGUGACUUAGUGGCUAUUAAAAAAGACUGGACAUAUACCCCAUAUUGAAUACCCUGGGUUGUCUACUUAAAAAACAUAUGUACAUGUGGCAGAUAAGUGUUACAAUGUCACUAUUGAUAUAUUUUAAAAAUAUAUAUUUUGUAACGGCAAUGUCCUACUUGUACUUAUAGCCCUAGAACUUGCAAAAAAUGGUAUAUAAUGUGUGUGGGUGCAGUAAAUGAGUAAGAUAAAAAUUACAGCUAAACACAAACACAGCAGAAAUGUAAAAACAGCCCUGGUCCUUAAUGGUAAGAAAAUUGAAAAACGUUCUGGUCACUAAACUUCCUUUAUUGCACAAUCUGUUUCAUUUAGAAUUAGUAUUUAACUCCUAAAUGUCAAAGUUGAGCAGUGAGACUGCAGGGGCAUGAUCUCUAUACCAAAACUGCUUCAUUAAGCUAAAGUUGUUUUGGUGCUGUCUAUCCCUUUAACAUAAUAAUGCUAUGAUUUGAUAUUAAGUACUGUAUUUUCCUGUGAGCGACAUUCAUGAUGUCGUAAUGGUAAAUAGCCAGAUAAAAUUACACUUGAACAACCCUGGUUUUCCAUUAAAUUGUGCAUUGUUCUUUAAUACACAAGAUUAAUGCAGUGCACCUGGAGGGAUUUGAAUAGGAGACAGUGUUAUGGUUGUUCACGGCUAUCUGUCUUCUUGCUACCUCUGCUUGCAGUUAUCGUAUAGUUCCUACUGGUUGUGUAGUUUUUGUCACCACAUCCAAUAGGAAUAUAGGAUACAAAAUGUCAUUAUUGUGAGACGUUAUGUCAGAGAGCCCUUUCUAAUAGUCACUUACAUUUUUAAAUAUUAAAAAAAAACCACCAGGAACCAUAACCACUUCAUUUUAUCGACAUGGUUGUGGUGCUAGGAUACUCUCCUUGCACCCUUUUUGUUUUUAGCAAAGUAGUCGAACUUGCACUUCCACUUUAAAGUGGAGUUUGUCACGUAAAGACACGGAAAUGACACCUUCUGGCUCUCAGCACAUACACUGAUCAUCCACAAUAUUAAAACCACUUGCCUAAUAUCAUGUGAUGAGGUGCCCCCCAUCACAAGACCUGUGAACAUGUCCUGUGGUAUCUGGCACCAAGACAUUAGCAGCAGAUCCUUUAAGUGCUAGGUGGGGCCUCCAUGGAUCGGAUUUGUUGUUCCAACACAUCCCACAGAUGCUGAUUGAAAUCUGCGGAAUCUGGAGGCCGUGGCAACACCUUGAUCUCUUUGUCAUGUUCCUCAAACCAUUCCUGAGCAAUUUUUGCAGUGUGACAGGGUGUAUUAUCCUGCUGAAAGAGGCCGGUACCAUCAGGGAACACCAUUGCCAUAAAAGGGUGUACAUCAGGGGUUGGGAACCUUCAGCCCUCCAGAUGUUCUGCUCUACAUUUCCCAUAAUGCUCUUACAGCUAUAAUGCUGGCAAAGCAUCAAGGCGAUGUAGUCCACAACAUCUGCAGACGCAAAGGUUCCCACCCCUGGUGUACAUGGUCUGCAACAAUCUCUAGGUAGGUGGUACGUGUCAAAGUAACAUCCACAUGAAUGCCAAUUUUUGCCCAAUGUUUCCCAGCAGAAUAUUGCACAGAGUAUAACACUGAAUCCGUCAGGCUUGCCUUCUUCCCAUAGUGCAUCCUGCUGCCAUCUCUUCCCCAGGUAAAUAAAGCACACUCACCAAGCCAUCCACCUUAUCUAAAAACAAAUGGGAUUCAUCAGAACAGGCAACCUUCUUCCAUUUUUCUCUGGUCCGGUGUGACGCUCACAUCCCCAUUGAAGGCGCUUUUGGUCACCGUGGGCACUCUAACCGGUAUGUAGCCACGCUGCCUCAUAAGCAGCAAACUGCGAUGCACUCUGUGUUCUGAUACCUUUCGAUCAUGGCCAGCAUUCAGAUUUUCAGCUACAGUAGCUCAUCUUUGUGAUCGGACCAGACAGGCUAGCCUUGGUCACACAUGACCCUGACACUGGUUUUCCUUCCUUGCACGCACCUUUGGUAGGUACUAACCACUGCAUACCGGGCAAAUCCCACAAGACCUGCCGUUUUGGAGAUGCUUUGACCCAGUCGUCUACCCAUUACUAUUUGGCCAUGUCAAAGUCACUCAGAUCUUUUCGGCUACCCACUUUUCUUGCUUCCAACACAUAAAAUUCAAGAAUUGAUUAUUAUUUUUUUUUUUUUAUUAUUAUUAUUAUUAUUAUUAUUUAUUAUUACCCAUGACAGGUGCCAUUGUAACGAUGUAAUCAAUGUUAUUCACUUCACCUGUUGGUGGUUUUAAUGUUGUGGCUGAUCAGUGUAUAGUGCGCUAACAUGGAUGAACUUGCACGCGGUGCUCACAAGAGCAAACUAUUGCAAGUCCAACAACUGUCCCUGUGUUUUUGAUGAUUGGUGCUUGGUGUGCGUAAAACAAGGAUAAUCUUUGGAGUUUUAGGAAUGGUAGCAUUGAUUUGAAUUGGUAUGCAAAUCAGAAAAUAUAAUCCCUGGCUAUCUGAUAGGGCUCUGUUUUCAUGCCUGAGAAAUUAUCCAAACAAAAGUGUGCAGGGACGUUUCCAUGGCACCAUAACCACUAAGCGGAGUUGAUUAGUGUGCCUAGGGUGUCCCUUCAAAAAGCCAAUUAAAAGUCUUUGGUGUGUACAAUUCAUUGGAUUACCUUUCAACUUGCCUGUUCAUAUAAUUAUGUUUUUAACUCAAACCUCAACUGGAAACCCUCUUUAUGGUACUUUUAUAAUGACCUUGCUCUACUGAGGUAUGAAACUCUAACAGGGGUCUUUGUACUUUUUAUUUUGUUCUUUCAGUUCACUCCUGGUGGGAUUCCAAUGGAGUUUGAGGAAUUCUUUGUCAAGUACAGGAAUUUGUAAGAUACUUCUUUAUGGUUAUUAAGACUAACCUCCAUUUUGCAUUAUACGUGAAACCAAUUGCAAUAAAGUAACACUCAACUGGAAAAGAAAAUCGAGAAUUUAAUAGAUAUAAACCCUGCCAUAAACUAUUUUUUCACAGCUACUGUAAGCCCUCCCCUUUUUCUCCAGGACAGAAUUCACAUGUUUGUGGUAGACAUUACCCAGUCAGAAUAUACUUGAGUAGCCUUGCGGACAAAUUGUGCUCGUGCACAACUGAUCAGUCAUGUACUUCUCAAUGAGCUAUAUUGCUUCUUAUUGAGAUCACAUGCACGAUCAUCAAAUGUAGUGGUGGUAUGAUCAACUUGCCGGUCGUGCCUAGUUUCCCUCACUUCUGCUUUAGCUGUAGUUUAAAAGUAAGCAAGACAUUAAAGCCUUGUGAUGUGUGUCUAAUAACACUGUCAGUUUCUCUUGAAAUCAACAUUUCACAUAGAGCACAUAAGUUGUAUCGCUUUCAAAAAAAUGUUUUCAAAAUAUAUAUAUAUAUAUAUACACACACACACCGUUUUGUCAUAAUUGACAUUGCAUUGUUCUUGGUGCUAAGAAUUGGUAAGACAUGGCAAAUUAUUUUUGUAUAGACUAGUCUCAUCAUUCAAUAUUUGUAGAAAUAACACAUAAGUUAUUUAAUUUGAAACUUUAACUUCAGGGCUAGCAAGUAAAUAUUGGCUAUAAGCACAGUUUGUGUAUAGAUUGUUGUUCAAAUAUACUUUCAAACCCUGAAUUGUGCUGUUAGAUGAUAUAUAGUUUCUCAGAAAUGCCAUUUUGUCACGUAAGAGUGUGACGAAAAUGAAGUAAAAUUGGACAUAUUACCCUUCUUAAAAUUUUAUUUUGCAUUCCUAAGCAAUGCAAAAUGAACAUUAGCUGUAGGUGUGCAAGUUAAGGUAGUAUAUUUAAUGGUGGAUUUAAGUGCUUGACUACUCCAUCUACCUCAACUGCAAACCAUAUACAUUUAAUAAUAUGGUUAGCUUAAUGUAAAGCUUUCAGAUCUAAGAUUUCAUGAAAAAGGGAUCUCUUACUGCUUCCAAUGGCAGCCUCUUGUAACAGUAAUGUGACUACAUCCAUUGUCUUCCACUGAAGUCAAAUGAACAUGUGUGAUGUAUAACAUAUGAACCAGUCUGAUUUGUUUAACCCGGGGAAGCAUUACAUGCGUGUUCAUUAAAGCCAUACAACUAUUUCCAUUUGCAGGGGAUCCAAGCUAAUUGAUUAUGUUUCUUUUAAGUCCUCCUUACUGCGUUAACCACAGUCUGCAUAGUGCCUGUCUUUAGUUACUUUCUAUUGACUCAUACCAAGCACAGGUUGUCGUGAGGGCAAGGAAACCUUUCUGUGACAAGUCUUUCCCUUUCAGUGGCCUCAAAGAAAAGAACCUUGUAAUUAAAUUUAGAUGGAUUUAAUAAGUCAGUGUGAUUGUUAAUUACUUGACAAAAACCUUUCUGGCUGGGGGCCUGGAAACACAUCAGUGCUUGGGCUUUCAUUAAGUAACUAUUCAGUCUAUCAGAUUACUCUGCUCUCAAAAUGUGGAACUCUCGUGAUCCUAAGUAGUUGUUGAGGGCCACAUUUUGUAAAACUUUUACAUGUAUGUCCAACUUUAAGGCUAAUGGAGAUUGUCUCCUGCAGCUCUUACCUUCAUUGUAAAUGGGCAACUCUGGAAGACCUGGAGAAGGACCCAAGGAUCCAGCAGAAAAUAAAGCGGUUUCGAAACAAGCAGGCGCAAAUGAAACACAUCUUUACUGAGGUCAGAUUCCUGUGCAGAUAUCUGGAUGUUCAUUGUGUAUAAUUUUACAGCUUCAGGUAUGAUUUAGCAUCCUAUUCCUUUUUCUUCCAUAGCCAGAUGAAGAUAUGUUUAAUCCAGACUAUGUUGAAGUGGACCGAGUUUUGGAAGUGGCUCAUACAAAAGACUCUGAUACUGGAGAGGUAGGUUAGCAAAGUGACAUUAUUGAGCAAUCAAUGAGAAUAUUAAAAGUUAUUUUUGAUUUUUGAGCUAAGCUAGCUGCUCGAACGGCACCAUUUCAGUUGAAUUCCCGAAUCGGAACUCAGAAGCACAAAGACUGCGACAAGUCCCCAUGGACAUUACCAGACCGCAAGCAACGGUCCCUCAUACUUCUGACCCUCCUGGGCCAAAGGCCACCAAGGGGAUUCAACCCUUGCAUCGACCACACAAGCAGGGCAUCUAAUCAUCUAACCCUCGCUAUCCCCUCAGUCAGAAGAGCUUGGACUCUGUUGGUCUCAAGUUCGUGGAUCAGGAGCUUCUCAAAAAUAGUUUCCCCCCAGUAUGGAUAGGUGGGCUGCGUCACGUCCCAGGGCCCAUGCAGGUCACACACAGAUGCCUGACGACUCAAGUGCCACCAGAUGUUAAUAUAUUGUGUUCCCUCAUUAUAUGUUACUGUAUUGUGUUACGUGCAUUCUUUUAUAUACUGCGAUCCAGAUGUAUUUUGAGCCUUAAAACUCUAAUAAAAUACAAAUUUUAAAAAAUAGUUUCCCCCAUGUAAUUAUAGUGUUCAUCAUUGGUAAGGCACAUCAUAUUCUUCAGGCCCCAUGCAUCUUUUUGCCAAUCCAGCAUAGUGGAGAGAGUGAGACUGAUUAAUACGAAUGUAAGGCUUUCUAUGAAGAAACUUGUCUGCCUGGAGCAGGUGUUUCCUGGACUUGUAGUUUAUCAGCUUAUGGAAGUUUUUAGCUUAAACACCACUCUCUGCCUCCUGAUGUACAACAAAGUUAUUGGGCACUGCAGGUUCAUAGGAAGGACCAGAAAAGGAGCUGCAGACACACACUGAUACAGAAAAAGCAAUAAAGAAGUAUUUUAGAAUAUGGUGGUGGAACAGAGAAGGGAAUAUUAGCAAUCCAAAUUCCACAAAACUUUUUUUAAACUAAAGAGACACUAUAGGCACUUAGAUCUCUUAAGCUCAUUGAAGUGGUCUGGGUGCUGUCUCUUUUCCACUUGGUGCUGCAGAGAAACUACAAUGUUUACAUUGCAGCCCUAAGUCUGCCCUCAGUGGCUGUCUCCUAGACCGCCACUUGGAGGCGCUUCCUGAAUUAAAGCGGGUCUUUGGUCCGGUAUCUGACGCUGGACAUCCUCACGCUCUGCAUGAGGACCUCCAGCGUCAGUUUUUUUUUUUCCCCAUAGGAAAGCAUUGAUUCAGUGCUGUCCUAUGUGGAGGUCUCAUGCUGUAUUUGCUGCGAAUGCGCGUUCGCCUCCUCCGACAGUCUGUGAUGAGCAGGUGCUGAGAGUCGACUCAGUGCCCAAGGGACAUCUGCACUGGGAUAAGGUAAGUAAAUAAAGGAGUUUUAACCCUUUAUCUGGCCAGGGUUGGGAGGGGGAUGGGGGGGAGCGCGAGUGAGGGGGGAGAGGAAGGAAUAGUGCCAGGAAUACACAAUUUAUCAGAAAUAACAAUUGAAUAUUCUGUAUAGUAGUAAGAUUAUGAAUACAACAUUGCUUCUUUAACUUAUAUAGUGAACAAAUUAAUAUCUUGCUAUAUAUACACUUACAGCAUUCUAUGUUUUCUCUCUCUCAGGAGGUAACACAUUACCUGGUUAAAUGGUGCUCGCUGUCUUAUGAAGAGAGUACUUGGGAGCUAGAGGAGGAUGUUGAACCAGCUAAAGUUAAAGAAUUCGAAUUACUGCAAGCUCUACCUGACUUUACUCUAAAGGUAACAUAUUGUUUUGCUUGAAAGGGCUGAUGUUAGGAAAAGAAGGCUUAAAGCAACCCUGUUAUAUAUUUUUUAUUUUUUAUUUUGUUUAUCUUUUCCUUGUGUUUCCAGUAUCUUGAUUACACAUUCUCCCUUGCCGUUUGCCAUUAUUUACAUUUAUGUGUUCUUCCUUGUGUCGGAUCUCAAUACCUGUAAAAACUAAAAAGAGCGUAAUACCGCACACUUCUUAAAAUCCUGGUGCAACCAGACCUGGGGUUGGCUACCCCUCCUGUAGUAGAAAGAUCCCUUGUGGAAUCGAAACGUUGCACUUUGUUCCAAUAAACCUGCUGAACUGAUCCUUGAGUGCCUGGCCUACACUUUCUUUUUUCUGAUCUCAAUACCUGGACACAGUAAAUUUGUUCUCUUUUGCCAAUGAUGUUUUCUAUUUGCCCUUCUGUAGGAUUGAUUUUACUGAUAGAUUUUGGGUAAAUUUGAUUGCCAGCUCAAACAGAACUUUAUUUUUAGCUCUGCCCAUUGCCAACUUGACUGCAAUACAUAAGUAAAAGAAGUCCCUACUUUUUUUUUUGUAAUGAAACACAGGGAGCAGUAUAGUCGCAGAGUAGAUGAAGUUUAUUUUUUGAUGACUGAGCUUUUUUAAGCAGAAAUCUCUGUACAUUUUUUAAACUGGAUAUUUAAAUAAUAUGUUUGAGUGUAGUAAAUUCAAGUCUUCAUGAGGCUAAGUUUGCUUGGUUUAAUUUAAAUCCCCCUAAUGCAGUACUUGAACAGAUACGCUAGGCACUAGAACUACUUUGUACCAUAUCUAGGGGACUAUUUAAUGACAAAGUGGUCAUUGUCCCUAGUGUGUACCUUUAACGCCUGGGUCCAAAAAUAGGUUCCCAUGUCAUUUAGUCCUCAUUGGUAGGACACUGCAUAUUUUUCAGGCCCCUGGCUUCUUUUGGCCAAUCAUAGUGACUGAUGGAUGUUUGUUUUCCUUCACAUCCUAAAGGUUUGUCAUGUGAUUAUUCUGCUGUGCAGUAGUCUCACUUACUCUUUUGCAUUUUAAUUUCACCUUAACGUUAAUUUCUUUCCACAGGAGCGCCCUGCAUCUGAGUGCUGGCAGAAACUGGAGCGUUCCCGCACAUACAAAAACAAUAACCAACUAAGGGAGUACCAACUGGAGGGGAUGAACUGGCUGCUUUUCAAUUGGUACAACAGGUGAGGAAAGGUGAUUUUAUUUAAAACUUGUAUACAUACAUACAUAACAAAUUCCUAAGCACAUAGGUCCAGACAAAAGUUUAAGGUUUCCCAGUAGUUUGUAAUAGCUAGUACAUAGGAUGCAGCAUUACAAGUCCCAUUGUAUAGUGCUAUGUGAUUAUUUCUAUUAAUUAAAUUUAUUUAUUUAUUUUACAUAGUGUAAAUAUGAGCCAUUUAAAGGGACAUGUAUCACUUGACAAUUAUUUUUUAUACCAGCAAAUAAACACUUUUAAAGAAAUAUAAAAACCAAAAUAAAGCAGGAAAAACUUUUUAGGUAUCUAAGAAACGUGAGAUUAAUGCACUUUUCCAACAUUCCUAGGAAUAGGAUACUGAUUGGUUAUACCCCCAGAGUGGGUAGGGAAAGCCUAAGAAAGAAGCAUGUAAACAUGGGGAGGGGGAGGGAGAAGGGGGUUUAAAUUUUUAUUUAUUUUUUUAAACUGCAGAUUGAGUCAACUGUCUCAUUCAAAGCUAGAGCUAUUGCUUGUUCCUUUAAGGACCACAUGACAGUCUAUGCUGUUGUGUAGGGCCUCAUACUGACAGAUGAGCUUCAGAUGAUUUGACAAAAAAAAUGGAUGGGCAGUAUCCAGAUACUAAUGGCAACAAACCACCACAUUGAACCUCUUUAAAAAAGGUGUUUGGUGUUUUCUGGAAAGUUCAAUGGCUAGAACUAAAAAAAAUAGAAACAUAGAAUGUGACGGCAGAUAAGAACCAUUUGGCCCAUCUAGUCUGCCCAAUUUUCGAAAUACUUUCAUUAGUCCCUAGCCUUAUCUUAUAGUUAGGAUUGCCUUAUGCCUAUCCCACGCAUGCUUAAACUCCUUUACUGUGUUAACCUCUACCACUUCAGCUGGAAGGCUAUUCCAUGCAUCCACUACCCUCUCAGUAAAGUAAUACUUCCUGAUAUUAUUUUUAAACCUUUGUCCCUCUAAUUUAAGACUAUGUCCUCUUGUUGUGGUAGUUUUUCUUCUUUUAAAUAUAGUCUCCUCCUUUACUGUAUUGAUUCCCUUUAUGUAUUUAAAUGUUUCUAUCAUAUCCCCCCUGUCUCGUCUUUCCUCCAAGCUAUACAUGUUAAGAUCCUUUAACCUUUCCUGGUAAGUUUUAUCCCGCAGUCCAUGAACCAGUUUAGUAGCCCUUCUCUGAACCCUCUCUAAGGUAUCAAUAUCCUUCUGAAGAUACGGUCUCCAGUACAGUGUACAAUACUCCAAGUGAGGUCUCACCAGUGUUCUGUACAAUGGCAUGGGCACUUCCCUCUUUCUACUGCUAAUGUCUCUCCCUAUACAACCAAGUAUUCUGCUAGCAUUUCCUGCUGCUCUAUUACAUUGUCUGCCUACCUUUAAGUCAUCAGAAAUAAUCACCCCUAAAUCCCUUUCCUCAGAUGUUGAGGUUAGGACUCUAUCAAAUAUUCUGUACUCUGCCCUUGGGUUUUUACGUCCAAGAUGCAUUAUCUUGCACUUAUCCACAUUAAAUGUCAGUUGCCACAAUUCUGACCAUUUUUCUAGUUUACCUAAAUCAUUUUCCAUUUGGCUUAUCCCUCCUGGAACAUCAACCCUGUUACAUAUCUUAGUAUCAUCAGCAAAAAGACAUACCUUACCAUCAAGACCUUCUGCAAUAUCACUAAUAAAAAUAUUAAAGAGAAUGGGUCCAAGUACAGAUCCCUGAGGUACCCCACUGGUGACAAGUCCAAGCUUCGAAUAUAUUCCAUUAACUACAACCCUCUGUUGCCUGUCACUCAGCCACUGCCUUACCCAUUCAACAAUAUUGGAAUCCAAACUUAAAGAUUGCAGUUUAUUGAUAAGCCUUCUAUGUGCAACAGUGUCAAAAGCCUUACUGAAAUCUAGGUAAGCAAUGUCUACUGCACCACCCUGAUCUAUAAUUUUAGUUACCCAAUCAAAAAAAUCAAUAAGAUUAGUUUGGCAUGAUCUCCCUGAAGUAAACCCUUGUUGUCUCUGAUCUUGAAAUCCAUGUGUUUUUAGAUGUUCAUCAAUCCUAUCCUUUAACAUGGUUUCCAUCACUUUCCCCACUACUGAAGUAAGGCUUACUGGCCUAUAGUUGCCCGACUCCUCCCUAUUACCUUUCUUGUAAAUGGGCACAACAUUCGCUAACUUCCAAUCUUCUGGGACUACUCCUAUUAACAAUGAUUGGUUAAAUAAAUCUGUUAAUGGUUUUGCUAGUACACCACUAAGCUCUUUUAAUAGCUUUGGGUGUAUUCCAUCAGGUCCCAUUGACUUAUUUGUCUUUACUUUUGACAGUUGAAAUAGAAUCUCUUCCCCUGUUAACUCACGUGUAAUAAAUGACUCAUUUAUCCUUUUUCUCAACUGAGGUCCCUUUCCUUCAUUUUCAUCUGUAAAUACAGAACAAAUAUAUUCAUUGAGGCAGUCAGCUAGACCUCUAUCCUCUUCUACAUACCUUCCUUCUUUUGUUUUUAAUCUAACUAAUCCUUGUUUUACUUUUCUUUUCUCAUUUAUGUAUCUAAAAAAUGUUUUAUCCCCCUUUUUUACUGACUCUGCUAUUUUCUCUUCUGUGUGAGAUUUGGAAGCUCUUAUAACUUGCUUAGCCUCUUUCUGCCUAAUCUUAUAGAUCAUUUUGUCUUCCUCACUCUGGUUUUUUUUAUAAUUCCUAAAUGCUAACUUUUUUUUUUUAACUAUUAUGGCCACAUCUGUGGAGUACCACAGUGGUUUCUUGAAUUUUUUGCUUUUACUGACAAGCCUAAUGCAAUUUUCUGUUGCCUUCAAUAGUGCAACUUUUAAAUAAUCCCUUUUCUCUUGGACUCCAUUUAAAUUGCUCCAGUCUGAUAAUGACUCCUCUACCCAUAUUCCAAUUUUAGAAAAGUCUGUUUUUCUAAAGUCUAAAACUUUUGUUUUUGUGUGGUGUGACUCAGUCACUGUUCUUAUAUUAAACCACACUGACUGAUGAUCACUGGAUCCUAAACUUUCACCUACAGUAAUAUCUGAUACCAAAUCUCCAUUUGUUAACACUAAAUCUAGUAUGGCCUCUUUACGAGUUGGCUCCUCAACAACUUGUUUUAGAGACAAUCCCAGUAGGGAGUUUAGAAUAUGUGUGCUCCUGGCACAAGUAGCUAAUUUUGUUUUUCAAUUUACAUCAGGAAGAUUAAAGUCACCCAUGAUGAUAACUUCCCCCUUCAUUGUCAUUUUAGCUAUUUCCUCAACUAGUAGAUUAUCUAACUCUUCAAUUUGUCCUGGGGGCCUAUAAAUCACACCUACACAGUUACUGUGUGAUUACCAAAUUCUAACGUAACCCAAACGGACUCUGUUUGCCUCACUAACUUUUAUUAGGCUAGAUUUUAUGCUGUCCUUCACAUACAAGGCCACCCCUCCCCAUUUCUUGCCUUCCCUGUCUUUUCUAUAUAAAGAGUACCCUGGUAUUGCUAUGUCCCAGUCAUUUUUCUCAUUAUACCAUGUCUCAGUAACAGCGACUAAAUCUACACUAUCAGUUGCCAUUAUUGCCACAAGUUCAUGGAUCUUACAACAUAAAAAAAUGUUGUACCUUCUUUAUAAUAAGCUAGAAAUAAUGUGACUUGUGUGUGCAUUGCAGGAAGAACUGCAUUCUGGCUGAUGAAAUGGGCCUGGGAAAAACAAUCCAGUCUAUUACUUUCCUCUCGGAAAUCUUCUUCAUGGGCAUUCGUGGACCUUUCCUAAUUAUUGCUCCACUCUCCACCAUCACCAACUGGGAGCGUGAGUUCCGCACGUGGACUGAAAUGAACACUGUGGUGUACCAUGGAAGUCAAAUUAGUCGCCAGAUGAUACACCAAUAUGAAAUGCACUACCGGGAUUCACAGGUGACAAAAUAUAUAUUGUAUUUGCAUUUGUCCAGGCUAUCUUAAUAGCGUAAAACCUUUUUAUGUUGUGUGGACUUGUAAUUUAAUUAGGGUCAUUCACCAUUGGUAUUUUACAAUGUCCCCAUUGUAUAAAGAGGUAAAAAAAACACAAAACUUUAUUUAUUCACCUGAUUCCAGCGCUGAUGUCCCUCGGCAAUGGGUGAGCGCUCCACCUAGUCCGACGGGGGGACCUAGUACUCAUGCGCCGCGAGUCCAUUAGGCCCUAUCUAUAGGAAUGCAUUGAAUCAACCAAAAUGAUAAAUUAUAAAGUUGAUCCAGGUGGAACAAAAGGGAGUGUUGUCCCACCCAAAGGAGAUAUCCUAGGGUGAAACAAGAUGUUUAGGCCACUCCCCUUGCACCUCCCAGAUCAAAAGAAAAGUCACCUAAAUAGUGUUUCCAAUUAGAGGGUAACCCUGGAGCUAAACUACUGACAAUGAGAAUAAAAAUCUCAGUGUCAUCCAAAAUUGUGGGAUACACUGGGAGGAAGAAAAAACAAAUAAGUGGACAAAAAAAACCUUAAACUUUAUUCUCAAUGAUACAAAAAAUAAUGGUCCACUUAAAAAGAAAAUAUAAAACGUAUUAAAACAGGGGUAUAAGAGGUGGGUGGUCUCCACCUCGGUACAGGUAGUGAAGAGGGUAUUCACAAAGAGAGGUAGAAGGUCUGCAUCCUUAAACUAGACUCAUCCAAACCUCCCCUGUACACUGUGUCCCAAAACGCCUUUAUUGCAAAAGAUAAAGGUACUACAAAUUCCCCAUUAAUAAAAAAUCUUUUACUGUCCCUAUAUAUCUCGGCACCGAACAGAGCUAAUGCCUACCUGAACCGUCUGAUUAUGGGGUCAUUCACACAUGGCUAAUUGAGGGAUGGGUAUUUAAACCAACUCAGAGGAUACCUAUGGCCUCUGCGCUGAAACGCGCAUCGAGCUCUGUGUGUGUGUGUAUAUUUUUUUUUUUUUUCUACAAAUUUGCACUUGGGUAGCACUAUGCACAUUCGAAUUUUUAAAAAAAAAUUUUUCUAGUGUUCAGGCUUACUGGUUCAGGUAGGCAUUAGCUCUGUGCGGUGCCGAGGUAUAUAGGGGCCGCGAGAGAUUUUUAUUAAUGAGGAAUUUGUAGUACCUUUAUCUUAUGCAACCUCCUGGUUCCCUCUCUGGCGUUUUUGGACACCGUGUACAGAGGAGGUUUGGCUGAGUCUAGUUUAUGAUUUAUUUAUUUUUUUUCAGUGUACCAUUAUUUUUUGUAUCAUUGAGAAUAAACUUUAAAGGGUUUUUUUUUUGGUUUUUUUUGGCCACUUUUAAUAAUUUUGUGCUUCCUCCCAGUGUAUACCACAAUUUUGGGUGACACAAGCAUUGAAUCAAUGGUUUCCUAUGGGACUUUCACUGAUGCUGGUUCCAGUGGCAUGUAGGUGACGUAGAGUCUGGUAACCUACCGGAAGCACCUUAAAUGGCUGUCUGGUAGGCUGCCACCAAAGGCUGUCUUAGUACUGCAAUGUAAACAUGGUGUUUCCCUGAAACUGCAAUGUUUUACAUUGCAGGACUAAGUGGGACAGGGACAUUGCACCCAGACCUCUUGACUUGAAGUGAUCUGGGUACCUAUAGUGUCCCUUUAACAUAGUGAUUGUGUUAGCAUAUUGAAUGUUUUAAGCAAUACUUUAAGCACCAAAACAACUUUAGCUUAAUAAAGAAUUGAGCUUGUAGACUGCAGGGGCAUGCCAUAUAUGCCAAAACUACUUCAAUGAGCUAAAAUUGUUUUGGUGCUUAGUGUAUACCCUCAGCUUGUAGUGCAACAGCUCUUUAUUUAUCAUCAAUUCUUAGCAGAUAGACUUUACACAAUGAAGGAUCCCACUGAACAUUUAAUGGACGUACUUCUUAUUAUUAUUGUUAUAAUGAUCAUCUAAAAAAUAACUUCCAUUACUAUCACUUAAAACAAGAAUUAAAUAUUAAAAAUAUUAAUAAUAAAUAUGUUAUCAUUUAGUUUGGCAAUAGCAUGGUGUGCAUAAAAUGGUUUGAGUAAGGGAAAAUGAAAAACCUGAACAUAAUAUGUAUGUAUAAGGGGGAUAUGCAUGUUUACAUAUUUUGUUUCUUUGUAGGGUGCGCCCGUUCCAGGACUCUUUAAGUUUCACGUCGUCAUCACAACAUUUGAAAUGAUUCUGGCAGACUGUCCGGAGCUGAAGAAGAUUCAGUGGAGCUGUGUUAUUAUCGAUGAAGCACACAGGCUUAAGAACAGAAACUGCAAGCUUCUUGAAGGUCUCAAACUUAUGGGCCUGGUGAGAACAAUGAUUUAUGGUGGUAGUGAUAUUGUGUAUACCACUCUCUAGUUACAAAAAAAAUAAAUCCAUAACAAGAAGUGUUUUCAGAAAGGUAGCUUUAUUAUCUAUUUCUCCUUCCUCUCUCCCCCUUUCCUGUAUCUAUCUCGUUCAUAUAUGUAAGCCACAUUGCAAAUGCAUUUUAAGUGGUACCCUUAUUUCUGCUGGAUCAGAGGUUUGUAGGACCCAUGUAAUGCCUUAAACUGUGACUACAGACCAUGCAAAUGGUAUUGUCUUGGCUAUUCAGAUGUUUAGUCCUCUGGCUUCCAAGCCAACUAUCAAUGAAGUCCAGUAUUCCAGGUUUUAUCCAUAUUCACAUUGGAACAGAAAUAUGAAAUAUCUGCUUUUGGAACCAUUUGUUUAGAUCAGCAUGAGACUAUUGUGAAUAAUCCCCUGUGUCGAUGCUUUUGUCAUUCUGUAGGAACAUAAAGUCCUUCUUACUGGCACUCCAUUGCAGAAUUCAGUUGAAGAAUUGUUCAGUCUGCUUAAUUUCCUUGAACCUGUCCAGUUUCCCUCUGAAAGCACAUUCCUGGAAGAGUUUGGGGAUCUGAAGACAGAAGAACAGGUAAGAUUAGAAAAUGAUAUACGCCUUAACCCACCAAGCUGUCUUGGUAUUACUUUCAAUUCUGGUUUCACCUUUUAUGCCAACAUCCAGUAUAUCUCUAAAAUCACCAUAAAAACAUUGCACAUAGUCUCACCAGUUUAACGCAUGUUUAUGCAUCAUAUCACAUGUUGGUGUAUGUGUGUUCUUUAUGUUUGAGUUUUGCUUUGACUGUCUCUGCAGGUGAAAAAGCUGCAGUCUAUAUUGAAACCAAUGAUGCUCAGGCGGCUGAAGGACGAUGUGGAGAAAAACCUGGCCCCCAAGCAAGAGACGAUCAUUGAGGUGGAGCUGACCAAUAUUCAGAAGAAGUAUUACCGUGCAAUUUUGGAGAAGAAUUUUACAUUCCUGGCCAAGGGAGCCAACCAGCACAACAUGCCCAAUCUAAUUAACACCAUGAUGGAAUUGCGGAAGUGCUGCAAUCACCCCUAUCUCAUUAAUGGUGAGCAAGUGCGUGUUCCUGCCAUAUCCCUCACUAUAAACACACGGUACAAAUGGCCAGUGGGAAAUCUUUGAUCUAAUGUGCAUUGCAGUAUUUGGAUGCUUCUUGUGUUUCUGCCUUUUGCUCUCUAUGUAGGUCAUUUUAAGGGCUAAAGGUUUCGCACGACAGUAUUGGCUUGCCCUGUCAUGCUUCAAAACUAACUUGCCAACCUGGCCGUGUGUAGGCACCAUAGUGAACAGAGGCUUAUGAGUUAGUGUCACUUUAAAGGCGCACAAGAUUUUUCUAUAAAUGGUGAUGAAGACUAAUUUGGCUCUUUAGUGGGAAAGCACAGAACUUGUGAAUUGACAACCAAUUUGAAAAGUUUAUACCAAAUAGUGGAGUUAUUUAAAAAAAAAAAAAAAAAAGCUCCCAUUUCAAAUAGAAACAGCCAGAUGCUAAGUCAUCACUCCACAAGUGACUAAGCUGAGCUGGACUUGAUAAAUUUCUGCUCCUAAGUUUAUCAGCCCUUUUCACUGUGAGCAAUUCCACCUGUAUGUGCUGCAGUAAGUUUACAAAUACUAAUUUUGUGUAUUUGCAUUUUGCAUGUUAAAGUAAACACUUCUAAAUAACAGUACUUUCAGACAAGAAUAGUUUACAUAUGUAUCCCACGUCUCCUCAAUUUACCAUUCCGUCUCCUUUAGUGACAUUAUUCAAUAGUACAUCUGUUGUUUGUACACAACAAAAUAAGUUCUAUCCCUAGAUCAGCGGAUAUGUAUAUAUAUUUUAUUUUUCUAAGGAAAUACUUUUCUCCCCUCCUUUAUCAUUACUGUGUUGAGCUUACAAACCUGUGACAGAACCGAGACAUGUUUUUUUGGCAUCAGCCGAUUAUCCUAUAUAGUCAUGUCCAUCGUCUUUCUGGUUUUCUUGUCAUUGAAUAUAUGAAUAUUUUUUGUUGACUAUUUGCUGAUUGUUUAAUUCAUUUGAAGGUGCUGAAGAGAAGAUUUUGGAAGACUUUCGCAAGAACCACAGCCCUGAUGCCUUUGAUUUCCAGCUUCAGGCUAUGAUACAAGCAGCAGGAAAACUGGUGUUAAUUGAUAAGCUCUUACCUAAGCUCAUUGCUGGUGGGCACAAAGUUCUCAUUUUCUCUCAAAUGGUGCGCUGUUUGGACAUCCUUGAGGACUACCUCAUUCAAAGGAGGCAAGUCUAAGCUAUGGUUCGAUGUACAUAAUUUUUCAAAUUAUUUUGUUUUCUUUUAAUAGAUUUAUUUUAAUGUUGGCAUUUAGGCUUACCUGUAAGCUUAAAGUAAAAAUUUUUUUUAUUUGCCUAGAUUGAUGUGGCGCAGCAGUCAUGCUGUGACAUAUGAAUGUGUCAAUUGUAGCUUAUUUUUUUUUUUUUUUUUUUAAUUCCCCUAAUUGUUUCCCUAAAUUUAAAAAAAAAAACAAUGUCUUUUUGAUCCCUUCAAUACGCAAAUAGAGUAUAAAGGUUUCUUUGGCAUGUACUUUGCAGUAUGAAAUCUAGUCCGUAAAGACUAAUUCACCCUCAUAUUUUCUCUUGUUGUUAUUAUCACCCUGUAGAGAAUGCGUUACUCCAGAAAACCAGAAAACACUUGACACUGAUAUAAUGCCUGGAAACCUGCUAAAAAAUAAUUGAAAAAUAUAAUUGUGUAAACUAAUCCCCUGCUUUCAAACAGUACAGGAAGUUUCAAUGGGUCAUAUUCUUAGUCGGGGACAGGGAGGAGGGACUGGACUGUCAGCAUUAGCAGUCCAGAAAUUGAUAAAGAUGGGUAUAGCGGUUUUAAAUACCUUUUAUUUUAGAUAUAUGAUUUAACAAUUUACUGUAAAAUGGCAUUAUGUUCAAAUGCGGAUGCUUUUUUUUCCCCCUUCAUUUUGUUGCAAUUUUAAAAAAGCUGCACUGCUAGUAAUUUCUUCAGCAUCCUUGCAAAUACCAUUUUUAUUUAUCCAUUUUUGUCACAUCUACUGUAUGUGAAAAAGAUAGUAUUGUUGCUUUUAUAAACAUGCCAUGGUUGUGUGUGUAUUACCUGACUGCUCCUUAGUUGGAGCUCCCUUAAUGUGAUAUUAUUGUGUUAGCAGAAUAUGUUCUACUGAUUAAACAGGAUUUUUUUUUUUUUUUACUUUCUGGUUGUUGUAGAUACACGUAUGAACGCAUAGAUGGUAGAGUUAGGGGUAACCUGCGGCAAGCAGCCAUUGAUAGAUUCUGUAAGCCGGAUUCGGAUCGCUUUGUGUUCCUUCUCUGCACUCGGGCUGGAGGUUUAGGCAUCAACUUGACUGCUGCGGAUACCUGUAUUAUCUUUGAUUCUGACUGGAACCCUCAGAAUGACUUGCAGGUAAGCAGACAGAUGGAGAGUUUCCAGUGAUAUAUACCACCAGUUGCCUCAGCUCUUUGGAAUAUGUAUGUGCUUUGCAGCUGUCCCAUACAGUAUAUUAAACUGUGGUUAAUGGAGGUCCUUAAGGAUACCCGGAGAGAUGUAGUAUUUGGUUCUAAUUUUGAUACUUCUGAGCUCAACCGUUUUAGCUCUAAUCCUGUUUGUCAAAGCCUUGUUGAUAGGUUUUACAUAAUUAGCUUGUGUAAUCCAAUGUAUCACGUUCAGUUUGCUGUCUUUUUUUUAUCUGAAGCUAUUUAAUAUGAAUAUCACAUAUACAGCUUUUUAGUCCCAAUAGCAACUUGGCUCCAAGGAUGUAAAAAUAGUUUCUAUCUGGCAUAUUUUAGGCACAAGCUCGCUGCCAUCGAAUUGGGCAGAGCAAAGCAGUGAAAGUAUAUCGUCUCAUAACAAGGAACUCUUACGAACGGGAGAUGUUUGACAAGGCAAGCUUAAAAUUAGGCCUGGACAAGGCAGUCCUGCAAGACAUUAACAGGAAGGGGAACACCAAUGGGGUAAGUGGUUUUUUUUUGGUUUGUUUUUUGUCUGUUUUUCAGUCUAAACAAUAGAUGUUUGAAUGUAAAACCUAUGUAGUAAUUUGUUAUUUUAUGUUCUCACACAAGUAAAUCAAAUGUAGUUUAGCCAGGUUUAACAGAAACUUUAAUACUAAAAUGUGUUUGUAAUAUACAUUAACCAGAUAUGACACAUAAAAUUAAUUGGAAUUAUCACCCAAGUUGUGUUAUUGAAGGCCAUGGUAGAUUUCUGUUAGUGUUUUAGCAUAGGUUAAGGAACGUGGAGUUUCCUUAUCUUUGUUGUCACUGUCCACAUUUCCCAGCCUUUAAGUUUUAUAUAUGACUGCAUCAAGUCCCAGCUGUGUCUGACAGACUUCUUCAUAGAAUUUUAUGAGAGUGCUUGGCUUGCAGCUGCAUCCAUCUCCAUUAAUGAAAAAAAAAACAUUUAAAUGGCUUUUGAUAAGGUAAUAGAUGUUGAAUAGUAGCCUCAGUGGCCUGAAUAUAUGAAACUGCUGCCCAGUGCUGAAAUACAUAUCUCUAGCACUCCAUUUGAGAACAGUGGGGUAGCGAGGAUCGGCAUUAAGAACACGGUGGUAAACUGAAGCCUUGAAUGUCUUUUUAAUUGCAGUGUUCUAAAAUUUAAAGCCAUGAUUUGCAUAUUAGGAAUAUCAUUUGGAAGCAGACAAAAAAUGUAAUGGCCAUAGAUUUAUGCUAAUGGGUGUGGGGGGGGGGGGACUUUAUAAAACUCUCUACAGAAUCAUUUUAGAUCACUUAUGAAGGUGUAGUAAUAAAAUAAUUUAUCCCCCACUUUACACAGGUGCAGCCAUUAUCCAAAAUUGAGGUAGAGGACCUGCUCAGAAAAGGCGCUUAUGGAGCAUUGAUGGAUGAAGAGGAUGAAGGCUCCAAAUUUUGCGAGGAAGAUAUUGAUCAGAUCCUCCAGCGACGUACACAAACCAUUACCAUUGAAACUGAAGGGAAAGGCUCAACAUUUGCCAAGGUACCUAAAUCUGCAAUUCGAAAUUAGCCAGUGUUAAGCCACUUACAUUAGAUUCUGGUUAAACUGAAAUUAUUGAUGCACAAUAAUUUACAAAAAUGAAAUACAAAAUCAAGAGUUAAGUUUAUUUUCCUCUGCGUGAAGCGGUGAACUAAAAGCUCAAGAUAGUCACACGAGCUAAGAGAUUUUGUAUGUUUUAUGUAGAAAAAUGCUUUUCACACAUUUUUGUAGCUUUAUAGGUUUACUCCAACCACCACGACCACUUCAGGGAUUUGAAGUACUCAUGGUGGUUGGCAUCUGAAUGUGCAGUGUUUCUGUCCAGAGAUGAUAUUGUGUGCUGAGGGUUAGUUGCACCCUCAGCACAUGUGACAUUGGCAGGACAGAACUUUGUUCCGCACUUUCUAAUGUCAAUUCUGUGCACUGUACGCUGCUGACAGAUGUUAAAAUCUUCCACUUGCUAGCAGAAUGCCUGCAAGGGGACAAUAUCUCUCCACUCCCUCCCUCCCUCUGGGUGCUUCCACCAGCCUCUCUCCAUUGCAGGCUGUUUUUUGUUUGUUUUACAGAAAAAUUCUGAAAUAUGUUUGUUUAAAAUGUUCUGGUUUUCAGAAUUAACAAAAUGAGGUGUUUUUUGUUUAGUUUUAUUGUUUUUUUGUUUUAACUGCCCUUUUCAAUAGCCAUUCAGAAGUAUUCUAAAAGAAAAUGAUUGUAAGCUCAUUUGAGCAGGAUUCUCUUCACCUCUUGCUUCUGCCAACAUUUUUGUUUUUUUCUUGCUUUUUUACAUCUCCAUUGUUGAAUAUUUUGGCAUUCUAAAAUUGAUUAUGAUAAAUUUGAGGGUUUGAAGGUCGGUACUCUUUAAAUAUUGCCAAUGUUUUAUUUGUUUCUUUCUUUCUCUUUGGCUUAAAAAUUUCCCAGGCUAGUUUUGUGUCUUCAGGGAACAGAACUGACAUUUCUCUGGAUGACCCUAACUUCUGGCAAAAGUGGGCAAAAAUUGCUGAGCUAGACACGGAUGCAAAUAAUGAGAAGGUAAUAUUAAGUGCAAUAUGCUCUCUGUGUGUAAUAUUGUAAUACAUACACAUAAGUAAAUUCUAGGUUGUUGUGUGGUGGCAGCCAUUAUAAUUCCUGUUUGGUCAGAAGCAGUGCAUAUCUGCCAGGACAAUACUCAUUUUGAUUGGUUAAAACUGUCUCAGAGCAAAUUUUCUAGAUCCAUGGUACUUGCACAUGACAUCAUGAUUUGUGAGUAUGCAUGAAGACUCGAUUACCUGCACAGUCUUUUGUUAGACGUUCUGUUUUUCUGAUCAAAGAGGGUUAAACCUUGUCUGCCCUUGUAAAGCAACGGUAAGCUAGACGAUGCACUUAAAUGUGGUUUUUACUUCUAUGAACGCAUUGAAAUUAUACACAAAGAUGCACGUGUAAGCUUUUAUUUUAAGGUAUAGUGAAAAUUGAUGAUAGGUCACUUUAAACUAGUAUGAAUGUUUGGCAUCUUCUGUGUGCAGGAAAGUCUAGUUCUCGACAGGCCUCGUGUCAGGAAGCAGACUAAACACUACAACUCCUUUGAGGAUGAUGAACUGAUGGAGUUUUCGGAACUGGAGAGUGACACGGAGGAACGUCCAACAAGAUCACGGAGGCUGAAUGACAAAACAAGGCGCUAUCUCAGGGCAGAGUGUUUUAGGGUGGAGAAAAACCUUCUUAUAUUUGGGUGAGUUCAUGUUAGAAAUGAGACCUGUAUGAUUGUCUUAGCUCAUGAAAUACCAAUGGCAUGUCAUGCUUUAUAUUUGGUCUUUAAAGUCCCUGUGCUGUUUGUGAAGUAUUUUGCUUAUAUAGUACCUGCAGUUGUGGAGAACUGUGUUUUAACUAAAUGAAUUGGACAAAUUACUUUGGAAUAUUGUCUUAAACAAGCAGGUCCUCAAGAUUGUAUUGACUGCCAUUGAUCCUUCAGGACUCAUGAUAUUAUCCUCCAAUGUUUUGCAUAAAAUGUCUAAUAACGCAUAGAGAUUUCAAGACUAACAUGGGGACUGCUCUACUUUCUAAUACGGUUUGCCUCCCUAGAUGGGGUCGCUGGAAGGACAUUCUAACUCUCGGACGCUUUAAAUGGCAUUUGAAUGAGAAAGAUAUGGAGAUGAUCUGUAGGGCAUUGCUGGUUUACUGUGUCAAACACUACAAGGGAGAUGAAAAGAUCAAGAGUUUCAUUUGGGACCUUAUCACUCCUACCAAGGAUGGACAGAAUCAAGCCCUCCAGAAUCACUCGGGUAUUAUCUCAUAGCUCCACUUUAGGUGUAAACAAUGUAGAGGGAUGUGUGCCAUUAUGCUGUUCUAAAUUAAACCAUUGUGUUGAUCACUAUUUAAGGAAUGUGAAAAUGCAUGUGUGCGUGUGUCAGGACAAUAUAGUACUAGUUCUUUGGUAUGUAUACUGUUUGUGUGAUCUAGUGGUAGCUUCACUGAAAUGUACAAUUUUUAUUUAUAUUGUGUAUCUUUAUGCAUAUAUAGUUAAAGGGACACUCUUAAGCACCACAACCAGUAGGUCUUAUAGUAUAGUUAAAGUAUAGCAGUUCUGGUGUAUACACUAUUUAAAACAUAACUGUUUCUCAGAAGUGUUUAUAUUAAUGUAGUGGUUUUGGUGCAUAGAUGCCUUUACUUAGACAAUGUAAAAUAUUAUAGUUUCUCAGAAAUGUUUACAUUCGUCUGAGAAGCUGCUAGACUAACAGCCACUAGACCAGGGCUGUCCAACCUGCGGCCCCCCGAUGUUGCUGAACUACAACUCCCAUGAUUCCCUGGCUAUCUGUUUCAUUGAAAGAAUCAUGGGAGUUGUAGUUCAGCAACAUCUGGGGGGCCGCAGGUUGGACAGCCUUGCACUAGACGAACUACCGAUUUUAAGACUUUCGAAAGUUGAAGAACUUCACAUUUGGCAUCAUCAUUAUUCCCACAGGCAUCGUAAUACUUAUAAAUAUAUAAAUAAAAGGUACCACUCACGUGAACCUGGCCCUUGGACUUUGUGCUCCUCUCCUGACUUGCUAGUUAACCUUGCUUACACAUUUCAUUUUUGAGGAAAAUAAAGAGACUAAUAGCUGAGCAAUAUUAAAUUAAAUGUAAUUUUCUCCAAUAUGAGCUUUGAUUAAUAAAAGCUUUCUCUGUCAAACAUAAUGGCUGAAUGUGGAUUGGAGGCACCGAUAGUAUAUCUGCUUAAAGCUUGCUUGUUUGUACAAAGAUGACUUGGGUUCCUCUGAUCGUACUUGUUUGCGUUAACGCUUUGUUCAUGGUGCUCACUAUGGGGUUAUCUGUUGAAGGUUUGUCUGCUCCUGUUCCACGUGGGAGGAAAGGGAAGAAAAUGAAGAAUCAGAUGCUUCUGCCGGAAAUAAAAAAUGCAGACUGGCUCGCCAGCUGUAAUCCUGAGAUUGUUCUUCAUGACGAUAGCUAUAAAAAACACCUCAAACAACACUGCAACAAGUGAGUUUUCCCAACAGUGAUAUUCUUUCUGCCUUCUCGGGAACAAAGGAUUAGAGUAAAUGCUAUUGUGGUGUAUUUACUAGGAUGAGUUGUUCCGCAUACACAAUUAUCUCUGCAGCAUUUCUGAAUGUGUCUGACCUCUUUGACCUAUGAUUCUCCGAGCGUUCUCAUGCUUUGGGUAUAUGCUUGGAAUGUGCGAUAAGGAAUGUAUCUGCUCUUUGGCAUUCCUUCCAUAGUGUUGUAAUAGGGCAUGCUCCUUUACCAUGUCUGUCCUUGGUACCAUUAGGUAUCCACUGGUACAUUUUUUGAUACGGUCAAUUAAAAAAUGGUUACCUGAAUAUAAGACUGCAAUUGAAUGUAUUGAAAUUGAUCUGUGACUUUUCUUUUAGGGUCCUCCUUCGGGUACGAAUGCUUUAUUACUUGAAAGCUGAAGUAUUGGGAGAAGCUGCAGCCAAGGCUUUGGAAGGCGUAAAUGCCCGGUAAGGACAUAUCCUUAAAGGUUAGCCACUUUGACAUGACAAAUCUUAAAAGGACAGAGUUCUUUGAGCUGAUACAGUUUCUCUCCAUGACAGGUCUUAAAGGAACACUGUGGGCACCAUAACAACAAUUGAAUUGAAGUAGUUUUGGUGCUAGGAGGUCCCUUGCAUUGGUUUACAUAUAGGGGUUAAACUGUUUACGAAUGGUGUAACCCCAAAUUCUCAUCUCCACUGUUUAGCCCUGCCCCCUCCAAUAUCCGCUUUCGGAAAUUUAUCUGAUUGGCUUGCUGACGCUCUGAGACAAUCAGUAGCUCCCCAUUCACAAAAUAUGUAAAUUUUUAUGAAUUGGGAGCUACUGAUUUGGUUUAGAGUGUCAGCAGACCUCUCUAAUGAGCAGCGAGGCUUCUGUUUUGAAGAUUUUUAAAAAGAGGAUGUUGGGUGGCUGGAGAGGAGACUUUAGAGUUACACCAUUUGUGAAUGGUUUAAAUUCUAAAGGUAAGCCAGUGCCUGGGACCUCCUGGCACCAUAACAACUUAGCUUCAAUGAAGUGCCCAGAGAAUUCCUUAAAAGUUGAUUUUACUGUUUUUCACACCUGUUGUGUCAGGGCUGUUGUACGUUGUAAUCCACCUAAGGAAUAUCAUCAGUAGUUCCCUGAGAGAACUCUCCUGAGUGAGUGUCAGUGCCUGCAAUUCCUUUUUCUUUUUACAGAGAGCUGGACGUCUUGUUGCCUGACAUAGAUUAUGUUGAGAUUCCAGUGGAAUGGUGGGAUGCUGAAGCUGAUAAAUCACUCCUGGUUGGCGUUUACAAACAUGGUAUAUAUCUCUUUAACCCCAUGCAGGAGUUUUGUUAGUUCAGUCAUGUCAGAACUAGUAAUAUAGGAUUUUUCCAACUAGUAAUUUAAUCAAAUGACUGUGAAGGCUUAUUUUUCGGGUUACCUGCAGGAGACACUAGGUGGUGCUUUUGCAGCUCUCUCUAGAGGUGUCACUUUACUUGAUCCAUCACAGUAACCUAAAGUGAAACCCGUACUGGUAUCACAGCCACACUGCUGCAUACACAUGGCUUUAAAGAACACUCCAAGCACCAUAACCACAGUUUGCUGCACUCCCAAUAACGAUAGGGAAAUCAUUUAGUAAUGGUUUUACUUUUUACCUGAGAUCCGCUGUGCUCUGCUCUCUUCAUCCUCUUUGUCAAAAACUCUCAUUACUGAGGUAAUCCCAGUGGUGCAUGGCUUUGCUGGAUUGGCUGUGAGCAGUCAGUUGGCACUCUCAGCCAAUGAGCUGGCCCUACGCUGCAGUGCUUAGCUGUAGAGAGCCGAGAGGAGUAGGGAAGCAGCGUUCUUUGGACCCUUGGUAAGAAGUGAAACUAUUUCCAUUUGUAUACUUACACAGGGGGGUGCUAGGGCACUCCAUAAUCUCUACAAGGCGCUAUGUGGUGUUUAAAGUAUUUCCCUUGCCAUUGAUUACAUUUGGCUGCAGAGUUCACACUUUUCAGGAAAGCAUGAUUGGGGUAUGAACCCUACGUGGGUGUGCAGCACACUCCCAAGAUACCGAGCUGGUAGUUACAUUGAGUACGAGAAUGACAAUAUUUAGGGAAACAAUUAGAAACGUCCUAGUAUUAUUUGAAAUCCCUAAAACACUGCUGCUCUAGGCCCAAUCAUUUUGUGCUGUAUAUGUCAUUGUUCCUAAACCUUACUCUCUGCUCUGUCCUUUAUAGGUUAUGAACGAUACUGUGCCAUGAGGGCUGAUCCCGCUCUCUGUUUUUUGGAAAAGGUGGGAAUGCCAGAUGAGACAUCGUUGUCGGCUGAUGGCAUUAAUGAUGCUGCUCCAGAGCUUGUGGAAAGGUGAGUGUGACUCAUCAUAUUUAAAUAUUACAUUUAAAAGGAAAUAUCUCAACCUAUUCAGUCACAUAUCCCAUUUCAUCUAUAUAAUGUUUUUAUAAUUAAGAAAUGAUGCUGGUUUGUCCAUCACUGUUUGGAUAUAAUAAGUUUUCUGUGGCAAGAGGGUGUAAAUUUAAAAACUUUUAUAUGCCAGAUUCGUAAUGUAAAAGCGUGUCCUUGGUUGUAUGGACUUGAUAUAAAGUUCAUCUUAAGCUCAUCUUCAGUGUUUGGGUUUUAUGUACUCUAUGUACAGUGGCUGUUUGUUAAUUUUUUUUUGUGCCAUAAGAACUUCCCGUGCGUUAUUACAAUGAGUAAGAUUGUUUGGCGUCCCUGCAUUAAAACCGAAUAAAAUAUGUCUGAGUUAGAUUUCCAAUGGGCAGAGAGGACAUAAUACAUUAUCAUGCUGUUACAAAACUGUAUUUUCUCUUCUUCUGGAAAGUGAAAUGUUUGGAGCUCAUUAGUCCAACUGAGGAUGUUCCAGUCUCUGACUGGCUUCUGGCAGCACAUGAUUCAUCAGCCUCCACCCUCUCUUUUAUGAAUUUAUUAUAUCAUUAUCUGUUCAGUGGGCUGCACAGGUGUUUUCUAAAUUAUAAUGUAAGAUUGUAACCUUCAGAGUGAAAAAUAGUUCUGUUUUCUAACAGCUGUUAAAGGAACACUGUUAGAUCACCUUCACCUGGGUGCCGUCUUUUACUUGACCUUCAGAUGGAUAUGGACAAGGAACCUGGCAGUGUUCUUUUAAACCGAAACUUCACUGCAGCUAGGUUAGAUGAAAAAUAAUGAUCUGUUGGUAAUAUUCUUUUAAACUGUCUAAAGAAAAUGCACUUGGUAGAACCAAUGUAGUGCUGUUUCAUCACCCCAAAGUGAGAAUUUAAAGUGAAUUUGAAAUUUAAGGUCCAAGUAGCCGAACUGGAAUCAUAACUGAAAUUUUCCAGUUCAGCUAUUUGAUCUGAAAUUGACUUGACCCUGUCAAGAGAGAAAUGCUUGGAAUUUAAAAUGAGUUCCAAAUUUAAGACCAAAAUAGCCAAACUGAAAACAGAAUUGACUUGGGGGAACGUUUAACUCGACUAUUCUUACUAAAAAUGUUGAACUUCACGUUCGUAAAUAAACUGACUGUGUCGCAUAAAAUGCUCGCAGAACAGCUGAUGUGGGCAGAUGGUUAAUUAUUUUGUUUCUUCCAGUGAUGUGUUUGCCUGUAGCAUAUAUCAUUUCCCUGGGUUUAUAAAGUGCAGAAACAUGGCAGACCCUGCUUCUAUGCAGUGUAAACUAAAGAGCUGCUGUCAUGACAAGUAUGAGUUGAUAUCUGCAACUUUAUGUAGAGAAUAACAUUUAAUCUCUAUAUGUUGCUAGCUGUUCCCUAUCAAAUGCGUCUGUUAAAAGUUAUGUUUUUACGACUUGUUUAUUCUUUACUAAUUUGCCAUCUGCAUUGCGGCAAAGACUCCUCGCAUGAGUAGCAAGAGAGCCUGCACACAGCUACACAAUCUCCAAGUGACAUGGAGGCAUUCCAGAACUGCUAGUGUGCUCCCACACAUCAGGAGUUGUGGCAUGUCAAGCGAGACAUUUGGAGGAGGGCCAGCUGUGUGUGCAGACUCUCUCAGGUUAAAGAUACAAUACAGGAGGAGGAAGUGAGCUUCAGCAAAGCAUAUUAUUAUUGCCAUUUAUAUAGUGCCAACAGAUUCCGUAGCGCUUUACAAUAUUAUAAGAGGGGGGAUUAAAUUAUAAAUAGGACAAUUACAAGAAAACUUACAGGAACGAUAGGUUGAAGAGGACCCUGCUCAAACGAGCUUACAGUCUAUAGGAUCUUUCCAUAUAUACUUUGGCUGGCUAGUUUAGAAAGAGAGGUUAGAACUGAUUAGAGAAGGCACUCUGAAAGCUCCAUAGCUUUACGUUUCUUCUAAAAUGUAUUCAGUCAUCAGUUGUUCUUUUUAACAGGUGAAAGAUUCCAGAACUUCUGAAGACCAUAGACUUAAGGGGGAACUGCCUCUUCCAUAGAUUAUAAUCAUGUUUACUUAUUCCUUUUAUUUAACAAAUAUAUGUUUUUAUGAAGGGUAGGGUGAAAAAUAAAAUUACGAAAUACAGCUUUUUAUUCUUGGUUCCUACUAAGAGAUUUGUAUAAGCUUUGCCCUUUACCACAUACAUAUGGAUGUGGAGAAACAAACAUUUUUUGUUUCGCCUCCUUCAAUGCAUUGUGGGCCCUGUUUGUGCCAGGACCGAAGUGGAUUGUGAUGUCAGCUAUUAAAUAUUUAAUAUACUUUUAAAAGAAAACAGAGAUGUUUUGGUUUAAAAUAAUUUACAUUUCCCAUUUAAAGAGGAACUGUCACUACUCAAUAUAUGAAGUAUUUCUGUGUACCAAUGCCCUUUGUUAGCAAAUGUGUGUUUGUGAGGUCUGAAAAACAAAAUGUAGAAAUCAACAUUUCUAUUUUACAACUUGACUCAUAGGGAGCUAAGAUGUAUUUGCCAUCCUCUUAAAUGUUGCUCUGUCCUGCCAUUAAAUAUAGUUAGUGGGCGUGGUGAAACUGAAACAAUGUUUCAGUAAUAUUUCAAGAAGUAUUACUUUACUGAGAUGGUAGUGGACACGUGGAAUAGCCUUCCAGCUGAAGUGGUAGAGGUUAACACAGUAAAGGAGUUUAAGCAUGCGUGGGAUAGACAUAAGGCUAUCCUAGACUUAAGAUAAGGCCAGGGACUGUAUUUUGAAAAUUGGGCAGACGAGAUGGACCAAAUGGUUCUUAUCUGCCAUCUCAUUCUAUGUUUAAUGUUUCUGCUGUCUCUUUCAUUUGCAUUGUGUGCCCUUUUAGUCAGUAGUGUUUUUUUCCAGAGAAGUGAUAGUUCUGCUUUAAAGUAGAGCCUUAUAUUUACUAUAGUGAUGCUUCAUUCAGGUGAAUACGAAUGCUAGUUAAUAUAAAUUAACUGGGAGCCUAGUGUCUUACCAAGAGAAAGCUGGUACUAAAGAAUUAAAAUUGCUUGAGUGUCUAACUUCUUUAUAUUUAGUCAUGGAGAUGUAUUUUUCAAGUUCUGCAUUCUUCUAAAACCUCUUAAAACCUACUUAUUGGCUGUGCAAUAACUGUCUUUAUACCAGGCAACAGAAAACAGGAUUCUCUGCACCAAAUAGGGGACAGGGAUUGCAACAAAGUGAACUCUAAAUUUAAUUCAGACAUUGUUAUGAUAUGGGAACAUCUGGCAUAUAAUUUCUAAAUGUAACAAUUUAAUACAUUUAAUAACAUGGUGUACUUUAAUCUGCAGCUAAUUCUUUAUUUAUUUUUUAGCAACAAUGCUGUAAAGGAGGAGAAUACUGAAGAUAAACUGGGUGUGCAGCCUGAGGUCAGUGGAAAGUCUUAUUCACAUACAGCAAUGUGAGCUCAGUGUAUGAAUCAUAAAUGGAAAAAUAAUUUAUAAUCUGGAAAUAUUUUUUUAAAAUCUGAUAUAGUACGUGUUAAUUUAACUACAGAAGUCUGAGAAUACAGAAAAAUUAAUGUUCUAAGCGUGCAGAAUUUUAGAUAUGGAUUAUAUUUUUUCUUAGGGAGAAGCCAUCUGCUAAAAAGGAUGAGCGCACAUCCUUGGAGGAAACAGACAUACAAAUUUGUGUUGAGUUGAUAAAGAAUUAGUACAACCUUCCAGGUUAUCUCGACACAACAGAAAGUUGCAUUAAAUAUUUACUUCUUGGAGUGUAUCAAAGUGGGCCAGUCGUCACUUUUUAGCAAGAUCUAGUAGAUUACACUUUUUAGGUUGUCUUAAGUAGACCUUGCAAGAAUGUUUACAUUAUAAUUAUUUGUUUUACUUUAUUAGUUUGUUGGGUUUUUUUUUUUUUUUAAAGCUAAUGGGCUAAUAACUUUGAAUUGUUCCUGUUUUGAAUUGCCUUUUGUGUUUAAAAAAAAAAAAAAAAAAGAGAGAGACCAGGAUACAACUACUUGGACAAUCGUAAUAGUUCUACUGCAGUUCUGAUAACCACUUCACUCAUGAAAGCUGCAGUUUUUAUUGUAGUGCAUGCAGCAAGUGUUUUUUAAAAGGACACUAUAGACACCCAGACCAUUUCAUCUCAUUAAAUUAGUCUGUGUGCAGUGUCCCUGCCCCCCUUAAUCCUGCAAUGUAAAUCAUUGCAGUUUCUUAAAUUGCAGGACUAAGACUGCCUCGAGUAUCUGUCAGACAGCCACUAAGGGCACUUCCUGCUUGCUAGGCACCAUUUGGUCGCCUAACUCACGCUCUGCAUGACGAUAUUUAGCGUCCUUUAAAUCCUCAUAUGACCGCAUUGAAGCAAUGCUUUGCGAUGGGAAAGGCCUAAUGCGAGCAGACCAGGCCACAGGUGGCUUAAGCCCUUAAAAAUAUAAAUACUGAAUUGUGGUUGUACAUGCAUUUGGAGUUUUCAUUUUCUUUAUCUUUUUUUUUUUUUUUUUUUGCCAGGAGAAGCUGAUUUCCAAAGCAGACAAUACAGAGCAGCAUGAUGAGGAGAUCAAUACAGGUGAGAAUAUGAAAUGUGGAGACCACAUCAUUAAAGGAACACUGUGGCGUUAGGAAUACAUAUCUUUAUUUCUAACGUUACAGCCCUGAUGAAGUUUAGGUGCGCAUGACGUCACAGUAUGUUAUGAUUUGCAAACUGGGAAGUAAAAUUCCUGCUCUCAUAUGCAGAGGGCUUUCAGGUGUGGCUUUAAGCUGUGCUUCGAAGUCCUCUAAUUAGUUUACUACAGUGUUUUGGGGGUAAGUGUGGGGAGGGGUAGGAGGCACGGCAGGACUGCAGGCACUAUGCCUACAGUGUCCCUUUAUUUUUAUUUUUUUCAAUAUCUUAAUUUUUAUUAGUUUUUUGUGGUGUCGCGACAGCGACAAAAAAGGGGGAUACAGAAAGGAAGAAGGGGAGGGGGUAACAUUGUAUAGACACAAUCAAAUAUUACAGUACAUAUAUAGUGUAUGGCUAACAUUGUAUAGUGGCUGAUAUUUAGCGAGGUAGUGACACUCAGAUUUGGGUUUGAUCCAAGUUAGUCUAGGCACGACAAAGUGUAUCAGAGAUUAUCGGACCUGUCUUGGGGGCCCUGUUGAUAUUCGCUUGUUUAGCCUGCAUUAUUGAUGGGAUGCGGUGGAGCCCUACGGCCCUAGUCAUUUGAGGACCCUUAGACUACAGCGUUAGGUGGUAAUCUGUUGGAGGAGUUUAGAUGUCUGCGAGUGAUCACCUCGAGAGAGAUUGGGUAUCGUUCGUUGGAUAAUCAUCUACAACCUGCCAAAAGCGAUGGCUCACCCACCACCGUUCAUCUCGCUACCUGCCUGAGUGUGCUGCACUCCAGCUGAGCCAUAGUUUUGCGUGUUUAUCCUCCCUGGAUUGCAAUCGGAAUGCUAGUCUUUCGUGGUCAUAGGUCGAGUGGACUCUAUUUUUCACCUCCUGAAUACUAGGGGGAUCUAAACUUUUCCAUCUGCUGGCUAUGCUAGUUUUUGCAGCUAACAAUAUGUGAUAUAUAACUGUCUUGUGGGGGGAGGCCAGUGUGCCUGUGUGAAUAUGUAGAAGAUAGCAUUCCGGGCGUAGUGGAAUGAUAAGUUCUGUCACCUCCUUUAUCAGUGACCUGACCUGUUGCCAAAAUUGUGUCAAUUUAGUACAGUCCCAGAAGACAUGAAGCAAUGUGCCCACUUCGUCACCACAACGCCAACAUGCCCGCGGGACAGCUGGGUAUAGCUGGGCUAGGCGAGAAGGUACAAGGUACCAUCUCAUCAAUAGUUUACAAAAGCUCUCCCAGUGGGACAUGUUAUGUGAAGAGGCACGCGUGUUUUGGAUCACCUGUAGCCACAUCGGUAAGGGGAAUGUGUCCUUCAGAUCUCGUUCCCACUUAAGCAUGUAACCAUGUUUAGUGGCACUGUCCACAUCAUUAAUUGCUGAAUAGCUCAAGGAGAGGGUUUUGCCCAAGGAUUGGGUGGAGAUGCAACGUCGCCCAAAUGUAGUGAGGUGCUCUAUCUCACUAUGCUGUAUGUUUAAUGAUGAUAGGGCGUGCUUGAUACGCAGAUAUGUGAAUAUCUCCCUGGGGGCUAACGCAUACUCGGCUUGUAGUUCAGGGAACUGUUUUAUGCCUUGUGGUGUUAACAGGGACUCUACCGAAGUGAUCCCCUGUGUGAUCCACGUUUUCAGCGAGAGAUUGCUAAUUAGGUCUUGUAAGCUGGAUAUAGGGGCAAAGAAGAUGGGAUGGGCUUGACCCAUGAGAUCUCUCGCCCAUCUUCUCCAGCUAGCUAGCAUAAAGUUGGUGGUGUUCAGUCCCUGUGGGGUUGAUUUCGUGGAGGCACAUGGAGACCAUAAUUUUUGUGUUAUUGUGGCCGGGUGCAGGCAUGCAUUCUCCAAAUGCAGCCACACCGGUGUGUUGACCCUAGUAAGGGCCUCUAAUCCCUGGGCUAGUACUGACGCCCUAUAGUAACCUUUUAUGUCGGGGAUCCCUAUUCCACCUUUGUUUGGAGAUAGCCAGGUAAGUCUACGGGUGAUUCUGGGAGGUUUCUUUUUCCAGAUGUAUGAGUUAAAAAUGGAUUGGAAUUUUUUAAGGAGUGUAUCUGGUAGUGCUAUGGGUAGGGUGCGGAACAAAUACAGUACAUGUGGAAGUGCCAUCAUUUUGAUCGUCUGGAUUCUCCCUAGCCAGGAAAUGUCAAGGUGUUGCCAUUUAUCUAGCAUUGUUUGCAGUUUACGUGUGAGGGGUAUGUGAUUUUCGCGUGUGAGUCUAGUGUGCGAUACUGUUAGGUUGACCCCCAAAUAUUUUAGGGAUGUAGCCCUCCAAUCAAAGGGGAAUGUUGUCCUUAGACUACUUAUCGUUGUGGGGGAAAGGCCGAAUGGCAGUACCUGGGUUUUGGUGGUAUUGUUCUUGUAAUAGGAGACCGCACCAUAAAGAGAUAGCAGGGAUGUCAAAGCCGGGAUGGAUUUAUCGGGGCGUGUGAGGAAGAGUAAGAUAUCAUCCGCGAAUAGUGUUCGCGUUUGGGUACCCGCUGGUGUGGUAAGUCCCGAGAUCUCUGUGUGUUGUUUAAUGCGGUAUAUAAGUGGUUCUAGACAGAGGAUAAAAAGCAGGGGAGACAGAGGGCAUCCUUGUCUCGUUCCGUUACUGAUUGUGAAUGAUUGUGACAAAAAAACAGUGUUAAAAACCUUAGCUGACGGUGCACUGUAUAAUGCCAUAAUACUCCCUAGGAAGGUAUCUGUAAAACCCAUUUUCAGUAGGGUAGCCUUCAGAUACUUCCAAUUAAGUCGGUCAAAUGCCUUUUCAGCGUCGAGUCCCAAGAUCACCCCAUGUUGGUUGCUUGUCCCCGCCCAAUUUACCAGGUUCAAACAGUGACGUGUGUUGUCUCCCACUUGUCGUCCGGGUACAAACCCAGCUUGUUCUGCUGAUACUAAGUCCGUGAGGAGGGGUUUCAUGCGGGAUGCGAGUAGUUUAGCGUAAAGCUUAGCAUCCGCAUUGAGGAGCGAGAUUGGUCUUAAAUUCUCGCAUUUGGUGGGCGGUUUGCCCGGUUUGGGAAGUGUGAUAAUAUGCGCUUCAAGCAUUUCUUUUGGCAUGGUCCCUGUCGAUUUAAUGUUAUUAAAAAGUAUGGUUAGGAAAGGUGUUAAGAUCUUUGCUAGUUUAAUGUAGUAGUAGUUUGAGAAUCCGUCUGGGCCUGGGGCCUUAUGUUUCGGGAGGGAUGCAAUAGUUUUUGCGACCUCGUCGUCUGUGAAUGGUCGGUCGAGUGCUUCUUUUUGUGUUUGUGUCAAGUGAGGGAGUUCGACGUGGCUGAGGAAUUCAUCUAUGGAAGCAUGUGUCGGUUGGGGUGUCAGGGGAUCGUCUUUUAAAUUAUAUAGAUUGGAGUAGAAGGACGCCAGCGUGUUUACAAUGUCAUUAGGGUUAUAUAAUUUGGAUGCUUGAGAAGUUUCGAUAAAGGGGAUUUUCGUCUGGAGACGCUGGGCUUUUAACUUAUUAGCCAAUAGUUUACCUGCUUUGUUGCCUUGUAUAUAAUGUUGCAAUCUAAGGGCUCUCAUGUUCCUUUCAAUUGUCUGUAACGAAAUAGCAUUUAAGUUCCUCUGCAAGCGCGCUACAUUUUUAGCUAAUUUAGUGGACGGGUUUUGUUUAUUGUGUUUAUCGGCCUCUGCCAGUUCGAGGGUUACCCGCCUUAACUCCUCUUCGUGUUUCCUUUUUUUACGGGACCCGAUUUGGAUUAGUACCCCCCUGACCACGGUUUUGUGAGCUGCCCAUUGAGUUUGUAUAGGGAUUUCCUCGGACAUGUUUUCCCUGAAAUAAUUGGUUGCGGAUUCAAGGAUCUUUUGCAGCGCUGUGGGAUCGUCCAGAAGACUUUCAUUAAGUCUCCAUUUUCCUCUCCCGCGGAUUGGGUAUAGGCUGCUGAGGGUAAUCGUUACCGGGGCAUGGUCUGACCACGUCCGCAGCCCUAUAUCUACUUCAGUUAUGUUUGUUAAGGUUAGUUUGUCUACCAGUGUUAGAUCAAUGCGUGAGUAGGUUGAGUGGAUUGGUGAGAAAUAUGUAUAGUCUCUGCCUGUUGGAUAAAUGUUACGCCAAGCGUCAUACAGGUCUAGUUUGAACAUAAUGUCGGACAAGGUUUUGCCAUUAUGAUAUGCGUAGGGGGACGCUUUCUUAUUAUUCACCCGUUGUAUAUCCAAAUUGGGGUCCGGGCUGCAAUUGAAGUCCCCACAGAUUAUGACCUGUCCUCGUUUCAUUGAAUCUAUCUUGUUAAGUGCAUUGCGUAAGAAUGGGAGUUGGCCGUCGUUAGGGGCAUAAAGGGACGCUAGGGUUAUUUCUACACCAUUGAGUGAGCCCACCAAGACCUGGAGGCGUCCUGCUGUAUCUGCGUAAGUGUCACAUGGUUGAAAUGCCCAGUCCGCAUGGAAUAGAAUGGAAACCCCCUUGGACUUGUUUGGGGAAUAUGCGUGGAAGGCUUGGGGGUAUCGCUUAGUUUGGAACUUGGGGGGAUUGUUAACGCACAGGUGAGUUUCUUGGAGACAUAUCACUGCAGCGCGUGAUUUGUGCAUAUCCCUAAUUGCUAGACUACGUUUGUAUGGACUGUUCAGUCCUUUGACGUUCAAGGAGAGGAUUUUAAAUGUAGUUUGAGUCAUUUGAUGGUAAAAACUAUAUGCCUUUUGAGUAUACUCGGAACGGUGGUAGUUAUAGGAGUGGGAGACCUGGUCGUUUUAAUGCACUGGGCUAGUCUCAUGAGCAGAGUACUAUAUACGACCCAUUUUGGUUUAUGUCUAAAAGGGGGGUGGGAAGGAAGUAAACUAGGGAAGAAUUGGGGAACCAAGGGAAAAAACAGGCCAUCCCUGCUACCUGCAGGGUUUAUCUCCGAAUCCGAGUGAUGGAAAGCCACACUCUUCAUCGGCAGGGGGAACGUGGAGUCGUCUCCACUGUUGGUGGCCCUAUGGAAUAUUAGUGAGAAUGAGCACCUUGUGGGUAACCAGUGUUUGCUCUUCUGGGUUGGACCGAGGCAUGUUAUCAAAUGGGGUGAUAUAUAUUUUUCAUUUUUCCUUUUUUUUUUUUUAUGCAGAGUUGAUAAUAUUGGAACAUUACUCAGAUUGUAGUAUUUGCUGUUUUGUGGCUUAUGCGUGGUUUGUGGUCCCUGCCUGUAAAUCUCGUGGGGGGAGGAGGUUGCAUCCCGGGUGUGAGUCUAACGUUCCUUGCUUGGAGCUGUUUUGCUAGUACACCUAGUGGAGUUUCCUGGGGGUACACGAGGCUCCAAUAGGGUCCCCCAUCACUUGAGGGAUCUGGCUCCUUACACUGUUCCCCGAGUGCUACAGCUUAUAUGACUAGCAUAUGUUCCCCCCUACCCACCUUCUAGUAUAUGCCUGGUCUUGAAUGGAUCUGAUGUACUUUUACAGACUGGAGUAUGAGUUAAUAACAUUGGCAUUUCAACGGAUAGGGGUAAUAAGGCUAAAUACUUGUUGUAUGGUAAGUGGAUUGUUGCGCUCAGCGGAAACAAGGGAAUGCUGGGGGGUUGUGAAUCUCCUCUUAUAAAGCAAAAUGAUUAAUGCCCAACCAAGUAAGGGAUUCAGUAUAGGCUGUCUGUGAUCUAACCAGUUGAUCAUACUAGCGUUAACCCACCCAUGAAACUUAAUAAAACAUUGCGCCUUAAACAUAACAUUUGGCAAUACUUAUGUGCCGAGCGUGCCGUCAAUCUCCAAUGAAGUGUUCAUAUUAGUCCCGGUUUUGCAAGGCAGCAACAGCCCCAACCAUCCUCCACUCUGGCAGGAACUUCUGCGGUGAGUUGUGGGUUGGAGCGGACCUCCCUUGCGCAUGAUGUAGACCCCACUCUUUUAGCUUCUCCAUACCUGCCUCCGGUUCUAGGAUUGUGACGGAUCUGUCCCGGUACCAGACCAGCAGUUUUGUGGGGUAUCCCCACCGAUAGGGUAUGUUGUGGUUCCGGAGAGUCUUGGUCACAUUCACGAAUUCCCGCCUCCUCGCCAUCGUUGUCGCGGAGAGAUCAGCGUAUAUUUGGACAUUCUGAUACGGUUCGGGAAAUUUGGCAAGUUUUCUUGCUGCGUUUAACAGUUUCUCUUUAGCGGUGUAAUAGUGGAAUCUUGCAAUGGUAUCUUUAGGGGUGUCAUCUGUGAAGCGAGCUGGUCUCGGGAGUCUAUGGACACGGUCCAGCUCCCAUGCGGUAUCGUCCACCUGUGGGACCAAUAGCUUGCAGAGGGUUUUGAGGUGGAGAGGGAGAGCCUCAUUGGUGACAGCGUCGCUAAUGCCCCUAAAGCGCAAAUUAUUCCGCCGUGAUCGGUCUUCAAUGUCUGCCAGUUUGAUCUUAAGGGACUUUUGUUCUUCUUCCAAGCUUUGCAGUUUGUCCACCAGAUCGUUGUGGGCUGCACAUAUCUCCUCCGUUUUCGUUUCUAGGUGGCUAGUGCGGCCUCCCAAUUCAGUGAUCUCCUUCCUCAGUUCGUUGGUGUAUUGGCGGAAGUCAGCUCUGAGCGAGCCCUUUAGUGCCUGCAGCAUUGCAUGGAGGCUCUUGUUGGUGACCAGUUCUUCAUCAGGUGUUGGUGGGUCAUAUUCCAGGGCCUCUUGGCUUUCUGGAGAUGUCGGGCGGGCAGCAUGGCCGUCGCCAUCUUGCGCCGGCCUCGUUUUAUCUUUUUUGUUUUGCCUCACCGGGUCUGUAAUUUUUGUCUGCUUGGAGGGUGCCAUAGCGUUCUUGGGCACUGUACCCACUGUUGUUGCUCGUUUGUGUCCGGGUUACCGUGGCUAAAAUGUCGCUUUGGGCCUAGUGGAGCACGGAGCAGUCUCUACAUGCGACUUCUCCUUUCGGCAGUUGGCCACGCCCCCCCCUACAGUGUCCCUUUAACUUACCUUGACCAUCUCCAUAGUUCUUAUAGCCCUUUAAAGCAGAUGUUUUGCUAUAUCAAUCUCUUGAUGAAACACGUUUGCAUGCUCUUGAAGAGAAAGAUAAGCUAUAUUAUCUUUGUUUUGUAGCUUGAAGGAGUGCAGCCCGUUACCCCUUUAUAAAUGGACAUUCAACUGCCCAAACAAACUGUUUAGUAGAUACACCUCCUCUCCAAUGAAAGCAUGCAUUUUUUUUCAUUGGGGUAAAUCUAAAAAUCUAAAUUACCAAUUUCUGUUAAAAGCUGCACAUUUUGUAAAAUGAAAAAACAAAGCACACACACUUCACACAUAAAGCACUUCAGCAAGCAUGCUUUAGGGAUCUGCACUGUCCUUUUAAGGCACAUGACUCAAAGGUUUGAGCACAACUACACGGUUUCUAAAACCUUUAAACUAAAACAAAUUUAGAUGAAAGUUUAACUUGCCAGGACAUCAUUCUUUAACCAGAAGGGAACAUGGUUAAAGUCCAGUCCUUGCCUAGUGAGAUUUGAUCCCAGUGUCAGAGUGGAUAAUUACUUAGUUGGUCUUUAACUCUAGUCCAUGGGCACUUGUUACAAUAAAUAUAGUCCACCUAUCUGUUUUAUUUGUUUUACUUUUUUUGUGGUCUAAAUAUCCAACAAAGGUUAAAUAGUAAAUAAGGAACCAUGUCCCUUUAAAUUCUUACUCGUAUGCUACCAGUUUUGGUGCCAUGGCUUGCUCUAUAAUUGUCCACAACCAGAGUGAAGACCCUGUAGCUUCAGCUGGACUUAAUUAGGUUCUUCUUAAAUUUCUAGACUCAGAGACCAGAAUUAGAAACUAUGCAAACUAAACCUCUGAAACGGUUUUGUAAGUGGGACCUGCUCUUAUCCCACAGGAGCAUUCUUUUUUAUUAUUACCAUUAAGUUGUCUUGCCUCUGUGAUAAAUUGCCUUGUUGAAAUCCUUAUUUUUCCUGCUAAUGUUUUUCAUGGUGUUUGAAGCCCAGGAUAGCCCUGAGUCAGACAGAUUAAGCUGGCCUGUAGCUUCGGCUCUCACAGCAAGAUUGCGCAGGCUGAUCACAGUAUAUCAGCGCUGUAACCGCAAGGAACUAGCACGGCCAGAGGUUUUGGUGCCUUCCAACCACAGUUACUGGCUUCAGGAAGAGAUGAUCAGAAGGGCUGAAAUGGAUCCCAUCAUUAAGGAAAUGCAGAAAAGGUAUUUAGAAAUUAUUUCUAUUAUUUUUUUAAUUGCUUUCACUAGACUCUUAGGGUACUCUAAAGAGAUGGUACACAUUAAAAUUUUCUCUCACAAUUGUCACAUCCCAUCCCCUCAUUCUAAUCAUACAGAUGGACAAGGAGAGAGCAGGCAGACUUCUACAGAACAGUUUCCUCUUUCGGAGUGAUCUACGACCCAGAAAAGAAGUGCUUUGACUGGACUCAAUUCCGAGCCUUAUCUCGUCUGGAUAAAAAGACAGAUGAAAGCUUGGAGAAGUACUUCCACAGCUUUGUUGCCAUGUGCAGGAAUGUCUGCCGGCUCCCGCUCAGAAAGGAUGAUGGUAAGAGGCGCAUCUGCAUUAUCUUUAAAUCUCGAAAAUGGAGAUGUAAUGUGUUGUUUUUCUGGCAACUAAUAAUCCUUAUUAAAGAUUAGCACCUAUUUAAAUCACAAACUAGACACACAUAGAAAAGCCAGACCCUUGUUUUUCCCAUUUAAAGCAGCACAGUAUUGUAUGAUAUAUAUGGAUUAUGUAUCAGUUAAGGUUUAGCUACAGUGGAGUUCAUUUCACUAGAUUUGUGCUAAUCAAAAUAAAUUUGAAAGCCUCCUCUGAUUAUUGGCAAGAAAGUGUUUAUCUCAUUUUAUAAAAGGCUCACCUUGGGACCAAAGACCAAAUAUAUGAAGCCCAUGCCUCUGUGCUUUUGAUCCAAAAGAAGGCAAAAAACAAACAAUCGUAGCCAUUUCCAAUUAUGCCACAAAAAGGUGGGGAAAAUCCUACUUGACAUAAUGGCAAUCAAAUUGUUCCUUGGAUUACCUACCUGUUCACAUACAUACCAAAUAUAUGUAAUGUAGUUAAUAAAUCUUUUCUGAGUAUACUGCAAUCUGCUAUUAAAUAUUAAGCAUUAACCUUUAUUAUUUUCCAUAACUUAGCAUACAUAUCAGUUAUAUCCUUGAAUAUUCUGUUUAUGCAAAAAAGCAUCCAAGACUUUUUUUGUUUUUUAAAUUAUCUAUAUAAUCUGAUAAGGCAGACCGGCAUAUUAUACUGUUGCCUAGUUUGUGAUCUAUAAUUGUUUCCAAGUCAUUUUCAUUUAAUGUUAUCCCUAACUCAAUCCCAUUUAAUGUAUAAGUAGCGUGUGGGCUCCUUACUCCAAAAAGCAUGAAUUUACAUUUAUCUGUAUUGAAUAUCAUCUGCCAGACAAAUGACUUUUAAUGCCCAAUUCAAGAUUAUUUGUAAACAAAUUAGAGAGGUGGACUCAGGAGAGAACCCUGAGGCACUCCACUUACUACAAUUUGAAAAUGUUUCAUUUACAACUACCCUCUGCACUCUAUCUUUAAGCUGGUGUUCUAGCCAAGCAUACGAUUUUUUUUGUCUAAAUCAAUGAAUUUCAGCCUAACUUGUAAUCUUUUGUGACGAAGUAGAUAAAAUUCAGUUAAGUUAGUUUGGCAUGACUUGUCUUUCAUAAAACCAUGCUUAUUCCUGCUGAUUAUAUUUUGUUUAAAAUUAAUUAUUGUAUAUUAUCCCUUAACAGCCCUUCAAAUUAUUUCCCAACCACAGAUGUUAAGCUCACGUGUCUGUUGUUCCCAGGUUGAGUUUUUGAAUCCUUUUAAAUCUAGGCACCAAAUCUGCUCUUCUCCAAUCCUCAGGUUCAGCUGAUCCAUCCCUGUUUUUGGAUCCCAUAACAGAAGAACGAGCAGCAAGGACUUUAUACCGCAUCGAACUCCUUAGAAAAGUCAGGGAGCAAGUACUAAGACAUCCACAACUUCAUGAGCGUCUCAAGCUAUGCCGACCCAGUCUUUACCUUCCUGUGUGGUGGGAAUGUGGCAAACAUGAUCGGGAUUUGUUGAUCGGCACCGCUAAGCAUGGACUGAGCCGUACAGAUUACUAUAUCAUGAACGACCCUCAACUGACUUUUCUAGAUGCUUAUCGUAACUACUCCCAGCAUAAACGAAAUGGUGGGGAGAGCAUGUGUUGUCAUUACCAAAUGAACUCCAAAAUGUAUGAACCUACUGCUUGCCAUUUGGAAAGUGCAUGUGACUCUAAUAAGCUAGAAACUGAAAACAAGAUUAAAAUAGAGGUUACAGAGGAACCUAUUCCUAGCCGAACAAGCAGUCCACAGGACUUAUCUUGUGACAAUUUUAUCUCUCAAGUCGGAGAUAUAAUUUCCAGUAACCAUGAUGAGUGUUCUUUGCCCGAGUCUCUCAUGUGCAUGAUGUAUGAUGAGAAGACAUGUAACAGUGGGCUUAUUGAUGCUAACACUAGUGAACAGAGUCCUCUUACACAGGAUACCUUUUUGGGUUUGAAUGUAAAGCACGAGCCAGCUGAUUAUUCAUUGGGUAAAUCAAAAGAAGGGAACUUGAUGCCUGUUAGGGAAUCGGCAACUGGAGAUUGUUUUCUUGGAAGCCAAGAUCAGGAUUGUGAUGAGCCAAUUGGAUUGCCAGGUAACCGAAUAAAUGAACCAUUUGAUGCCACUGAAGGUCACCUUGAUUUACCAACAGAAGAAGAUGAGCAACCAUCAACAGAUGUUAUUGGACAGAGGAACGCUGGUGUUUUGAAUGAUCAUUUUUGUACAUCUCUUGUUCAAUCUGCUGAGCAGUCCUUGGCUUUAGAUUUGGAAUUUCUUGACAAAACUUUUGCAGAUCACUCAGCACUCAGUCCUAAUAUCAAUGAAGUCAAGGAUUGCAGUCCUAUAUGUGACGGACCUGGAAGUCCAAGUUGCAGUGAAUUACCAAUAGAAGAGAAAGAAGAAUGGGGGGCUGAGCUCCAGGAAAUUAAAGAGGAUCCCAUUGUAAAAUGGCAUAAAGAGUUAAAUGACAUGAAAGAAAGUCCACUGGAGGGCAGACUUGAAGAAGAGCAAGUACAAGAUUUCUGCACGCAGAAGGAUUCCUUAAUGUCUGUCGAAAGUCAACAUGUUCAGCUGCUUAAUGACAAAGACCCUUUGGAUUUGAAACAGAAAACUGGCCACAUGCUUUCAGGUCUCUUGAAGAGCAGCUCUGUAGACUUGAAAGAAAGAGACUCUGAAGAUAAUCUAGCAAUGGAGUCCAAAUGUUCUUUUGAGGAGAAUGAAAAAGUGAAAGAGGAGGAGUGUGAGAUCAAGAAGGAGAGUCUGGAAGAGGAGUGCAGCUGUAAAGGUGAGUUAUAAAAAAAAUGGCAUUUAGCAACCACUUCCAAGAAAAUGAUACAGAUAUGUGAAUAUUCAGCAAAUCCAAGUAAGCCUGGGUACAAAACAGCUUCAAGUUAGCAGUUUUUUUUUUCAAGGAAAUUAAAGAAAACUUGCACGUCUCACUAUGAGACUUUUUUGAAGGCCUCAUAGUGAGAACGAUUUUGCAUACAAUGGUAUAGCAAGCGCUCCACUGAUGUGGGUUAAUUUAUAGUGAGACAUGCCAUUAUAAUGGUGCAGGGUGCGUAAUGAGAGAAUCCCUGUUUCCUCUCCAUGAAUAACAAACCCAAAGCACACCAAUAAGUAUUGCACAUAAAAAUAUUUUAUUAUAUAAUUGGGGAGAGUGGGGGGGGAACACAUCAAAGCUAAAGUGCAAACAUGCAGACAAAACAUGCAAAGAGUAUGUAUGUACCGAAUAUAUAACCACAUAAAGCAAACUGUAAAGUGCUCUUAGUUUAAACGCACUAGUAAGUGCGCCAUCAAAUAUACUGACCAAGAGCUGGAGACCACAAAGCCUCGGCGUGAAGCCUUCAAGGGGGAUCUUAAAUAGUGAGAAUGAAACAUUAUUCUGUCCUUGAGCUAAUAAAACUGCUAACUUGAAGCCAUUUCGUGCCCAGACUGACUUGAAUUUGCUGAAUCUGACUUUGGAGUAUUUGCCACCUUUGGUUUGAGUGCAUAAACUGUGGCAUUUGUUUCAGUGUGCUCCCUACCUACCAUAUUGAACAGAUAUGUGAAUAUUACAAAGUCUAAAAGGUUCUUUUACAUUGUAUUUUCUAUAAUCUAAUGGGAAAAAAAGCCCAUUACUUACUCAGGGGCAGACAAGUAUUAGUAAAACUAUGCUUCAUCUGCCUAAUAGCAGUUGUGCACAAUAAAUGUGCAAUUGCUCUGAGCACUCUCUUCUGCCAGUUAGUGCACCCAGCCCAGGUCUUCACCUGUGCCGUGGUGCUUAAAAGCAUUUGUGCAUGAUUUUUAUUCCAUUACAUCAUAAAACAGACUUGUACAUCUCUGUGAUCCCCUAUUUGCUGCUUUGAAUGUUAGAUAUUCUCACUGAAGGUGAGCCAGUAGUUAAUGGCUAUAUCACCCUUCAUGUCUGAUACAACCUCAUUCACAGCCAAAGUAGGUCUUUCAGAAUGUUGCAGCUAAGUAGCUGGUAUGUCUUUUUCAUGUCUUGCAUCUUCUAUUCUAUAGAGUUUCUUGACAAAUACUCAGAAGAGGAUGUUAAACACUGCACAAUAGCUGCUCCCAGGGAGGUGGUGCAGGAUUUCCAGGACGGUCGAGCUCCUACCAUCGCACAGCUACUACAGGAGAAAACUCUCUAUUCCUUCUCUGAAUGGCCCAAGGUCUGUAAACGGGCCUUGUUCUAAUUGCCCCUUUAGCAACUACAAAAUAUUAGCAAAAUAGUAAUAUUUACAAAUCAGAACCACUAUCCUCACCUACUGUUUGCGUCUCUACACCUAUGUCCCUAUGUAGUGUGUAAGGGUUAAUAUUUUUCUUCUGCAAUACAAUUUGUUUUAGUGAGUGUGACACAUGUUUUUGUUUUGUGACAGUCACUCAGAGCCUCACACACACUCUGUGCAUUUAUGUAUCCUGUGAGUGGAUGUCGAUUGUGAGGUCAGCACAUAAUGUCUACAUUGCAGAAUCCUGCCAUUGUUGGAUCCUGUGGGUGUGGAUUGUGAGGUCAGCCAUGAUGUCUGCCAUAAAGAAUCAUGCUCCUUUGAGUUGACAGAUAUUUUGAGGGUUAACAGAGGAUAACAGGGCUGGGCAAGUUGUUUUCACAAGUUGUUGCAGCAGUGUAUUCUCUGAUUGAUAGCUGGGACAAAAUAAACAUUCCUGUUAUUAAAUGCAUUUUUACAUAACAUUGUGGAAUAGCAGAUUUCAUAGCACUCUAGCUGAUAAACCAUAACAUUUAAAAUUGUUGUGUACGUUUUUACUUUUCUUGCGCAGCAACAUACGUAGAGUAAAAUAUAAGAAAUUGAAAAGGUAUCAGAACAUGUACCUCUCUUUGUUAUGGUUGUUUCACAUCACAGACUGUCAGAAGUUAUAAUCAGAGGAAUCAGUAUUUCAUUUGUUUAGACAAGCAAAGCUCUAUUAAUUACCUUACUUAGUGCCUUACUAACCACCACAAAGGUGCUAAUAAACCCAGAUUCCUGAUAGGUGCCGACUUAGAGAGGCAAUAAUACAUAAUAUAACAAAAGCCAUAUAUUUCUGAACUAUAAGAUUCAUGGCAAAAACUGUUGAGACAAAUUAGACAAGAAGUUCUAAUAACAUUCAGUACAAUAUCCCAGCAGGAAAUAUUCUUUAAGGUGAAACAAUAAACCUAGCAUAAGGCAACUGAUCAAGUUUUUAUUCAUCAUAAAGUUGUUACAACAGAAAAGGGAUACUGUAGUUCCAGGAAUACAAAGCUGUAUUCCUGGCACUACCGAUCCCUCUGCCUGCCUCGCGCCUCCUUCUACCAGAUUUAACAUUGCAGCAUUAGGUGCAAAAAGGGACACAGCACCCAGAAUACUUAAAUGAGCUGAUGUCCCUCGGUGCUGGGUUGUGUCCGCCUCCUCCAACGUCAUCUGAUGAGGGGACCUAAUGCGCAAGCUCAGCAAGCACCGCAAGUGCAUUAGGCCCUCCCAUAGGAAAUCACUGCCUCAAUUCUUUCUUAUGGGGAUUUCACUGAUGCUGAAUGUCCUCAUGUAAAGCAUGAGGCCGUCCAGCAUAACCUAAGGGACUCAGUCCUCUAGAAUCCAGAAAGUGCCUCUAGUGGCUGUCUGAUAGAUGGCCACUGGAGACAGUUUUAGUGCAGCAAAAUAAUCAUUACACUUUCAAUUACUUACAUUGCAGGACUAAGGGGGACAGGGACAGUGCACCCAGACCAUUUCAAGACAAAGCGAUCUGGAUGUCUAUAGUCUAUAGUGUCUCUUUAAAUAUGUGAUGUGAACACAAAUGUCCAACUAUGCAUGAUAUAUAAUAAAAUGAUUCCCUGUUGCGCACUGAACCAAUGGCAGCAAUCUUUCUCUAACAUCACAAAUGGGUAAAAGAAAUGAAUCCUUAUUUUCCUGCCAAACUUUUAUUUCCAUAUACUAGACUAAGUCAUAAGAUUAGGCACUUAUAUUAGGUCCAAGUGUUACAAAAUUAAAAGUAGGCAUUUAUAUUCUCUCCAAUUACUACUGCAGUUAGGAGAAUCUCUUUAGUCCAAUUAGUCCAAUUUUGAUUAUAUCUCUAUCUACCUGAAGGGUCAGAUCAAAUCACCCCACUUCCAUAGGAAAAAUAUCAGCACACUUAUACUACCUGUGGAAGGCACUGUUGUUCAAAGGAUUAUUUCCAUUUGAUCUGGAUCAUGUCAUUAAGUGACUUACCUGCCUGAGAUAUCAAUUAUAUGGUUUUAAUGGCCGCAAUCAGGAGAAGCAUUCCUUUGCUUGAAGCCUGUAGACAUCAUAUAAACAAGUAAUCGUUUUAUUUACUUUAACACAAUGUAACUAUAGACGGCCCAGCCCCUCCUAGUCUCUUUUACAUACCAUUGAGAUCUGUUUUAAGAGUAGCUGCUAGCUUAACCCUUUUAUCCUGCGAACGCACAUGCUGAAGAUAUAUAGAGCAGUAGGUGAAUAAUUUUUUUUUUGUAGUGUGCACAGUAUGUAUCAUUGAAAUUAUUAAAGCAAAAUGAACUGUCUCACACUCUAUUAAUAUAUAUGCAAUGUUACAAUUCUUAGAAAAACAUUGUUAUAUCUUUAAUGCGCAAUGAUAUGUUUCUUUCACUCCAUUUCAAUAUAGAGUUUUCAUACUAAACUCUUUGCUAUAUAUAAUAUUUAAAUAUUCUUUGUAUAAAUGGAGUUCUGGUAAAUCAAUAUAUCUUUAUCUGGUUCCAUUGUCAAUCCUCCCAUCAUAGACUGAUGAGAUCUCAGAAAUGUGUGGCUUGGAAAUCAGUGUUUUUUUUUUGUUUUUGUUUUUUUAAAGUCUUUGUCUUAAGAUUCGGCAACUUUGUUUCACCUCUCCUUUUACAGAAUAAGUGAGCAACAUGGCUUCCAUGUUACAUUAUAAUUCAUGGGUUUUAGUUAAUGAUUCAUAGUUCUUGCUUGAUAUAGUCAAUAUGCCUGGGACAAUAGAAAUCAAAAAAAGUUAAAAACUAAAUUUGAAAUGUUAUGCAGGCAGGCUGCUAUGGAGUAAUUAAUGCUAAUGAAUAAUUGGAGACGGUUACAGCAGUACCCAAAAAACACAAAACCAAAUAACUUUGUGCUUCUGACCUUGCACCCUGUUGCUCAAGGCAGGGUUGAAUCCAAAUGCACACCAGACCUUGUUUGGAAGAUACUUAGCUAUAUGCAUAAAGUAAAAAAAAAAAAUAAGUGCAACUAGAUGCUAAAUAUGAACAAGCAAUGCUACAUACAAUGUCCUAAUAAACAUUUCUGGCAGUGACAAAGUGGAAACCCGACACGUCUCUUUGGUCCUUCAGUAAACUGCAUAUAGCACUGGAUGUGCACAUUUAGCAUCAAGUUGCGCUUUUUAAAUUUAUGCAUAUGGUUGGAAUGAGGUUGUAGGUAUCUUCCCAACAAGGUCUGGUGUGGACCACUGUCCACUAAUCAAGCACUUCAAAGUGCCCAAAUUAUUUCAGGUAUCCAACAAGUGCAUAAAGGCUAUGUACUGUUCCUUGCGGCUCUCUGGGUAUAUGGACAAUACUUCAGAGGAAGUCCCUUCAUGGCCCUUUUGCUAGGUUGGGGAGGGUUGGUAGGAGUAAUAAGUUGUCAAUGUUCCAUCUUGGCACAAAAUAAUUUAUUUUAAUAAGUCUUAUGCCCUGUCAGACAUUUGUCAGUGCAUCGCUUUACCUCCCACUUUUUAUGUCAUUCAAUAGGAUCGAGUGAUCAUAAACCGGAUAGAUAACAUCUGUCACGCAGUGCUGAAAGGAAAGUGGCCGUCAUCCAGCCAGCAGUUUGAAGCACAGUGCAUGGUGCCAUCAUCUGUGUUGAACAGUAACUUGUGUACAAGGAACAGCUACACUGCUUCAGAAGCACAAAACGCAACCUUCAGCAACGGUGCCCCUGCUUCACAUGCACAAAAGGUGGGUACAGUUUCAUGUUGCUUAUAGAAGAGAAUUAUGUGCAGUUACCCUUAUUUCACAUGUUGGUAAAUUAGGAGGCAGUCUGCUUUCUUUAGGCUGAGUGUGCAAAGAAGUAAAUGGGAGAGGAACAAAAAUCUGUUUGUUUUUGUUAGUUAUUAUAGUGUGACAAAAUAUGGUCAAUUAGUAGUGUUUAGUGUGUUUGUUUUGUUUAGUUUUUCUCCUUUUUUGCAUUUAAAUUGUUAAAUUAUGGAAUAUUAUAAAGGUUAAUGCUUGAUAUUAGUUGAAGUAUAGUCAGAAAGAUUUUUUAACUACAUUACAUAUAAUCAGUAUGGAUCCCCACACCUAUCCCCUUUUAUUUUUUUUUAUUUUUUUUAUUUUUUUUGCAUAAUUGGAAAUGGCUACAACUGGGAUUUUUGCCUUCUUUAGGUUCAACGGCAUAAAAUAAUGGGUUUCAAGAUUGAACUUGAUGGAUUUCACUUUUUCUUUUCAACCUAGACUACUAUGUAGCUUUCUAGUUUCCCAUCUUUUUUUUUUUUUUUUCUUUUAAAUUUUUAUUUUACAAUAUAUGUUUACUUGGACAAUUUAAAGGGACACUCUUGUCACCCAGACCACUUCAGCUCAAUGAAGUGGUCUAGGUGUCAGGUCCCUCUAGGGUUAACCCUGCCUGCUGUAAACAUAGCAGUUUCAGAGAAACUGCUAUGUUUACAUUUUGGGUUAAGCCAGCCUCUAGUGGCUUCUGGACAGCCACUAGAGGCGCAUCUGCGAAGCUGGAGGCUUAUUAUGCCUCCAUCACGCAGAGCGUCCAUAGGAAAGCAUUAAAAAAUGCAUGGCUGCGCAUUCCUGCCCGCUGACGUUGGCGGGAGAGGAGAGGUAAGGGAGCCCGGCAGUGGAAGAAGGUGAGUAACUGAAGGGUUUUUAACCCCUUUAGCCCUACGGGAGGGGGACCCGGAGGGUGAGGGCAUCCUCAGGGUACUAUAGUGUCAGGAAAACACCGAUUUGUUUUCCUGACACUAUAGUGAUCCUUUAAUGAACAUGAAUUAGGGGGAAUUUUUUCUUUCUUUCUUUUUACUAUAUGAUGUAAAGGUUUGUUUUUAAUAACUUUUUUUAGGAUAAACUCUCAUAUAUCAUCUUAUAGCAAGUGUUAAAAUUUUACCUGCUCUUACAAUUAUGCCUAGUCUUAUAAUUUAUUUUCACAGGAUGCUUUAGCAGCUACCUCCUUUUCCAGUGAUGAAAGGAAACUUCGAAGACCGUAUGAAUUUGAGGGCAGUAGGGCGGAUAAUAAACAUAGGGGCCUGGAGCAUCUCAAUGUGCCUCAUGGGCAUAACUCUACAACACUGAAUGGCUGGCGGGAGACUGCUAUGGAGCUUUGUAGAGAACAGGCUGCAAGUGGUAGCUCUUCUUACUCCAUGAACACCAGCACACCCAAAAUGUCUAGCAUGACUGGGUUACAGAGUUCCUUGGGAAUGGACUUGUCUGGAAUCCUACAAGCUGGGCUGAUCCACCCAGUGACAGGGCAGAUUGUCAAUGGGAACUUACGUCGAGAAGAAUCCACCCUUCGAAGGAGGAGAGGUAGAAGAAAAAAUGUUGAAGGGAUGGAUCUUGUUUUCUUGAAGGAUCGGGGGAUGCACGCUGGAAUACUGGUGAGAAUAGAUUGUUCCUUGACAAUUUUUGGUCACCGAAUACGAUGUAUCGGUGUGAGCAUUCGUGGCAUGGCCUAGGUCAGGGCUAGACACCCUUUGGCACUCCAGGUGUUGUGGAUUACAUCUCCCCUGAUACUUUGCCAGCAUUAUGGCUGCACGAGCAUUCUGGGAGAUGUAGUCCACACAAUUUCAUGGGCAGGAGGUUGCCUAUGCCUGGCCUAGGUGAUGGUAAAAAAUAAUGCUGUAAUCAGAACAUGUUUAAGGGUUUUAAGAUAAUUGAAGAUUAAACAUUUUUUUAAAAAUUGCUCGGAAUAUUUCCUUUUAGUGGAACAUCCAGCCCUUGUACAGCUGCAGAAAUUGGCAACAUGCAUCUGAAUCUCUGUGUGUUUAAUACCUGAACGUAUAGUGUAUAAUGAUGUGUAGACUUGUGUGGACCUGUGAGUUUACAAAGACAUUUUGUCAUAUUUAUGGAUUCACUUUGAACAGUUAAAUGAAAGCAAUGUGGGAAAGCAAGUUACACAGAAGGGCAUGGGAGAGAAAAGGAAGCAACAUUAACACUAAUUAAAGGACCACUCUAGGCACCCAGACCACUUCAGCUUAAUGAAGUGGUCUGGGUGCCAGGUCCAGCUAGGGUUAACCCAUUUUUUUUUUAUAAACAUAGCAGUUUCAGAGAAACUGCUAUGUUUGUAAAUGGGUUAAUCCUUCCUCCAAUUCCUCUAGUGCUUUCCUAUGAGACCGGCUGAAUGCGUGCAGCUCUUGCCGCGCAUGCGCAUUCAGCCGAAUGGGAGGAGAAGAGGAGGAGAGCUCCCCGCCCAGCGCUGGAAAAAGGUAAGUUUUAACCCAUUCCCUCUCCCCAGAGCCGGGCGGGAGGGGGAACCUGAGGGUGGGGCCACCCUCAGGGCACUAUAGUGCCAGGAAAACGAGUAUGUUUUCCUGGCACUAUAGUGGUCCUUUAAGGAUGUUUGGAGUUAAAGGUUCAAAGCUAGUCCAUUUUCUUAGAUGAUGAGAAAUUACAUUUCUUAAAAUCAAGAGAUCCUUUAGGUGGGGAACAUAAUAUCUAUAUUUACACCCAUUAUUUGCCUGUUUAUUGACAAAGUAGUUUAAGGUAAUCAAGGUGUCUAUUUAAAACCGAAAUACUGGUUAAUUUAGGGCCAUAUAUGGCAAAACGGAUUCAUUUUGCAGUAAGAGCAACAAUAGUGGCACAUUGGGGGAAAUCAGAGGAGCAUGAACUAAUACAAUGGAACGUUGUGCUGAAGUGAAUCUUCCACAUAUACAGACUUUAAUAGUACAAGCGGGGUGCUGAUCUAUUUGUAAACAUGCCUUAAAAAAAGGUCCAUAUUUAGUAAUUAACUUAUUUCCUCCACUUCACUAUAGAAAGCAUGUAUUCUAUUUAAUUAAAGGGACAUUAUAGGGACAGAACCGAGCAGUGAGACUGCAGGGGCAUGAGCUAUACACCCAAACUGAUCAUUAAGCGAAAGUUGUUUUGAUUUCUCUAGUAUCCCUUUGGGCUGCCAUUUCUGUCACAUAUGUACCUUCUCGAUAAUAAGUCAAAGUAAUCACUACUUCAUGGACUUACAGGACUUGAAACUAUUGUUUGCUAAAAUAACUGAUCUCCUCGGCAUAGCCUAGCAUUAUAGACCUCCAAUAAGAUAAUGUUAAGACCCUUAAGUGGCAGUCACUACCUGCUGACACAGGUUAUGUUAUACUAGGAAAGUUUACUGGCUAAGAGUCAUACUGCAAAUACCAUAACUCAGAUGGAAUAGUAUGCUCUAUGUUAUCAACACAUUAUUCAAAUAUUGUGGAAUGAGUCCUUCUUAAGUGACCAUGACUCAUUUGGUAUGGUUCUAUGGAAUGUUUUGAAGAACAAGGAGGAAGUCAAAUAUUGUAUUGUAGCUCCUAUGCUGAUUUAGUAGCUGUGUUGCCUUCAUUUUUGGCUAGCUUAAGUAUGUUGACUAUUUUGUUUUAUAUCUAAGAAAAAAUGUGAAGUCUUUUACGUGAAUCAGCUGGGGGGGUGGGGUGGGGGUGUUUUUGUGUUUUUUUUUGUUUUUGUUUUUAAUUUUUUAAUUUUUCUUUUAUAGCUCGUCCUUAUUUUAAUUGUGCCAGUAAAAGUUACUAUUCUCUCUAUCAUGCAGGGAUUGCGAGAGGAAUCUGGCCAACCAGGCUCUGCGCAAACUGAAGGCUCUGUUCCAGCAUCCCCUCAAUUACCAUCCACAGGCACUAAACUACAAUCAGAGAAGGUGAUCCCCAACAAAAGUCUACUAGAGUGGUUGCGACAACAGUCUGACUGUACCAUAGACAUACCAACUUACGGAGGUGUAAGUGCCUGUCCUUAAGAGAUGGAUUUUGAUUCAUAAUCAUUCAUUGGUUACAUUUGUGUUAUAAUUCGGAGUAUAUUUCAGAUUAAAACAAUGCGGUAGGAAGCCAAGGAAGGAUAGCGGUUCCCAACCUUUCUUAGAUCAACCACAAAAACAGCUGAGAGAGGCUGAACUUGAGAGAUGCAUGUCUCUUUUCUGCUUAUGUAACUAUUAAGGCACGCUAAAAUGAGAGCGCGUUUUCCAAAGCACAACUACCUUUUUAUCAAUCUGUUUUGCCUUUAUCAUCAGCUUAUUAAUUUCACAUUUACUGUACUUCUAGCCGAACUGACUCAUUAGUUUAACUUGCCAGAUAGGAAUGCAGCUUUGAAGUUAAUAUUUUCGUGACACACAGAGUUUGCUUUAGGGACAGGAACAAAAAUUAGAGUUGGAACCGAACCCUAGCCCAAAGAGUACUGUGGCCCAGCCAACAAAGCAAAAUUCACGCCAGGUGGGGCACAUUAUAUAUUAAUUUGGGUGACAUAGUGUCCCUGCCUUGCCCUGCCUGUGGGGUAUAUUAAACUAAACUGGGGGUAUCUAGUGUGUCCCCUCUCACCAGCGCCCACCUGUGGCCAAAGAAACGAUCGGGAGGGACAUAGUGUCUCCCCAUGCCUCGUCAGAAUUAUACAAAAUGGAGGGGACCUACUGUCCCUCACGUGUCGUAACGGGUGGUUGCUAUUAAAUAAGCCCUCACCUGUUGCCGCUCCCCAUUGGCGGCUGGUUGGUGACCUAAAUAUUAAUAGGGGUAGACCCUAGUAUCACCCCCCAACCUUCACCCAUUGGUCAAGCCCCUCACUAUUAUUAUCUGGGCCUCAAUUGUGGCAAUAAAUACCUGUAAAAUAGAAAAAAAAAUUCUUAGCAUUAGAUUUCUUUUUUUCUUUUUUUUUUUAUUGCAUUUUUGUUUUUUAAGCCCCCCAAGAAAGCCAAAUGAAAUUCCAUAUUGUCACGUUGAACUAAAAAAAAAAGGGCAAAAAAAACAAUCCCCAAAAAAUGAACGAAAACGUAUUCAUCUGAAAACAAAUGCCCAAGUCUAUUAGUUAACAAUUUGUUAACUAAUCAGUGUGGUUUUAGCAAAAUUAAGAAAGCGUACUGCAGAAGAGAUUAUGGCAGGCUUGAGUUUAUUUAGUAGACUGAACUUGUAAGUUCAUCUAAACAAGAACUUUGUCACGAUGAACACAUGGUUGCAAAGUGUGAAAUACACGGACAGAAAGGCAGAGCGUUAAGUAAGGUUCUAAGAAAGGUGAAAAUGCAUUUUUCAGUGCAUAGCACUGUAAUAAUCUUGUCUUGUAGAGUUUUUCAGAGAAGCCAAAACAGAGGCGUCAGCGUUGCAAGGACCCUCACAAACUAGAUGUUAACAUGCUGACUGGAGAAGAGAGGGUGCCUGUAGUAAAUAAGGACACCGGACACAAGGUAAGAUUGGUGCAGGCCAAUUAUGAAUUUAAAAUAACUGUAAUACAUUUUAUGGCACUGGUGGCUAAAUAGGCACGUUUCUUUAAAUUUGAAUUCUCCUAUUGGGGUCCACUGAUACCUAAAGCAUUAUAAAUUCAGAAAUAUAACGAUUUAUGUUGCAAUAUAGACUUGCCCAGCACUUGUAAAACACUUAAAAGUUCUUCAUUUAGGCAUUUGAAACGAACAUCAUUAAGGAUGUUCUUUCCGUUCAAUGCAGUGAUAGCCUUGACACUGCAGAUGUUGCUGAACUACAUUUCCCAAGAUACUCUGCCUGCUUUUAAGGCACUCUCUUUGUUUUGUUUUUAUGUAAAAAAAAAAAAAAGUAUUACUUCAAGUGACUUCAGGUGUCCUGUAGGGUAACAUUUCUUGUGGGUUCUGUGGCUGCUAGAAAGCUUUGUGGACUUCAAGGUGUAGGUGGGGUGAAUUUAUUUUUUUUUUGUCUGUAUUUCUACAUUAAUGUUUCAUUAUAGUUGGGAGGCGCACUGGCGCCAGCACUGCAGGACUUGCCAGUGUGGCUGGAUGCAAACAAGAAGUAUGUGGUUCCACCAGACUGGGCUGAUAUUGUUAGGCUUUCAGUAAGUCUCCCGGAGCAUACCUAAUCUUUUUUGUAAUGGCUCUAUAUGUUAUUUCUGAUUUUAUAUUGGGGCAUGAGAUGAAACAAAGCUAGAAUAAAAUCAUGUUAAAUAAUGUAAUGUUUAGUUCAUAUAUUGCAUUUCCCACACCUGUUAAGGAAUGUUCACAUUUCUUAUGGAAUAUCAAGCAUACUUCCCUCUCCGCCCUCCCUCCCCCUGCCCUCUGCCCUCCCUCUCCCCCUCCUCCGCCCUCCAUCUCCCCCCCUCCGCCCUCCAUCUCCCCCCCUCCGCCCUCCCUCUCCCCCCAUCCGCCCUCCCUCUCCCCCCUUUCCCUCCACCCAGUCGACACUUUCCUCAGUUGCAGUGCCAUAACCAAGUUUGUGUGGCAAAGUAGAGGAGACAUACCACCAUUUUUCUAGUUUAUGGCAUAUGUACAAUAUGGUGUGGAAAAGAAAUAGAGCAUAGUUAAACUCUGCAUCUCUCUAUGUAUGUAUCUAUAAUCUAAACAUACAAAAAUCGGUGCACUCCUGUUCAAAUUAAGUUAAAAGCCCAUAAAGUUUUUUUUUGUUUAUUUUGUUUUUAAGUCUGAGUUGAGUAAAAAAAAAAAAUAUAUAUAUUAAAUUAGCUAUAGUAUAUGAUGAUACAAUGCAGAAUUUCAGGGAUUUUGGCAGGUUCUACUCUAUAAUAAACAAAUUAAUGAUUGUACUUAUGAGAUUAACCCCCACUUACUUGGGCUUACUUAGGAUGUCCUCCUGGGACUCUCUGCAGUUUAAGAGGCUUCAGUCGCCUAAACAUACUUUAUAAGGGUGCUGCUGGUGAAUCAUAGCUACAACAUAUAGAAUUCAGCUGAUACCACAUUAAGUGAACUUUAAAGCCCAUAAUAUUAUUAUUAUUUUUUUUUAUUAUUAAAAUGCCUGACUUUGGUUAAAAUAAUGGGGUUUUAGUCACAGUAUCUGAGCAUACAUUUCAUGUGGGUGCCUGGUGUGCUGUGCUCAAGUUAGUGUUAGGCAGUACAUGAAGACCCAUAGCGUAUGUCAGAGUAUAUGGGGACUUAUUCGGCAUGCUCGCUCUGGGUUGAUAAAUUCCGUAUCCAUACUUGUACUGCCACUACGGAGCGUCACUUCUCUAUAUAAUAUAUUUAUAUGGGAGGUAGACUUAGCGUGAGGAACUUAUGCAAAUUGCUGCACUAUAAGCUUGCUCAAAGUACUUCAACCUAGGCCAGGAACAUACAUAGUUCUGGAUCCUGGACCAUCCUUUUUGUUUCCAAGAAUUUGUGAGGUAACUUCUAUUGAAUACUGAGAUUAUUGUCAUGAAUGAAUGUUGCCAUGACAUUUACUUGUAUGUGACAUACAAAUAUGUUUGACUUUCUCUCUCGUCUGUUCACUGUAAACUGUUGUGCGUAACUCAAAAAUCCCAGUUAGUCAACUUGUUUAAAAACAUUUUUUUAUAUUUUAAAUUCAUUGUAUCUAGAAAUUAUACUGUAACCUUUAAUUGAAUGCUUCCUAUUGGCAACUUGGGGACAGUUACUUUUGUUUUUCUUUUUUAGGGUUUUCUUCCCGAAAGCAAGUUUGGAAGGGUUUUAUCAGAGCCUAUUCUACGUGAUACUGGACCUAGAAGGAGAGGAAGGCGUCCUCGAAGUGAACUGAUAAAGACACCUGGAGCUGUAGGGUCUGACACUCCCUCUGGCAUGAGUCCACUAUUCAUGAAUGGCUUAAUAGCUGGAAUGGAUAUAGUUGGGCUUCAAAACAUGAGAAACAUGCAGGGAAUCCCAUUAACUGGUCUGGUCGGGUUUCCAGCAGGAUUCACAACUGUGUCUGCUAAUGAGGAUCUAAAAAAUACAUUGAGCAUGUUACCCAUGAUGCUCCCUGGCAUGGCAAACAUGCCCCAGAUGUUUGGUGUUGGGGGGAUCAUCAACUCUCCAGUUUCAUCGUCUGUGCCAACGUCACUAGGAAGCACAAUAAAAAGUGGAUCUUCCCACACAGAGAAAGCCACUGAGGACAAAGACAUCUGCCAAGAAACUCAACGAGACACUGCACCAUCAGAGAAGGUUGCGGGUGCCUCCUUUCAGGAUCAAUCAGAACCUGCAGUGACUACCAGCAGCUCUGUAGCAUUCAACCCAUUCCUUAUCCCAGGCAUGUCUCCAAGUCUGCUGUACCCUUCUAUGUUUCUGUCUCCUGGCAUUGGCAUGGCAAUACCAGGGGUCCAGCCCAACCGCCUGUCAGAGGCAGGUGGCCUUGAUCCCCAGCGGAGGAAGAGAAAGAAGGCAAAAGGGGACUCCCAGGCCUCUGAGACAGAGACUGUGCCCUUUACAGAAGGCACAGACCAGGAACAAGUGUCACCCAGUGGCCAGAACUGUACAGGUAAAACUGCGUCAGAAAAAGAGGAGGAUGAUUCUGCUUUAAGAAAGACUCCGGACCAUACCAAUUAGAACUUGUCCUCCAAAAAGUUAUCUUUCCCAUGGAUGUUUCUAGCUCUGCCAGAUCCCUGGGUUGUCAGUCAGUAAAAUCAAAACUGUUCUGUUUUACCACUGGUGUGUCUGGAAAAGCUUGACAUGAUAAGUAGCUAGAAUGGGAAAGCUGAAAUACAUCUGAGUUAUUUUCUUUUUCUUUAUUAUAUUGGAUUGUUUUCUGUCAUUCCAAUAGGUAUAAAAGCAAAACAAGUCUUCUUUUUGUGACACUCACUUUCUCUUCCUUCAACCCUUCCCUAGCCUAAUCCCUACCCAAGGAAAAAAAAAUCUAAAAGCUCUAUUCUGAGCACAGCACAAGGUCUUAAAGCAGCAAUCCCUUGAUCCAAAGACGGGCUUUUAGCUAAAGCAAUAGGACUGGUUCUGUCCAUAAACCACGUGAAGCAGGAAGUUUUGAUCUUUCCAUGUGCAAAGUGUCUUAUAGUUUGUAGCGUUUUAGCACAUUGUACAGAAUGUUCAUUGACCUAUAAGUAGGCUGAAAGAGAAAAUCAGAAGGUAUUGUCUUUGUUUAAUCUAAAAUCCCUGAAAUAUAUUAAAAACAAAAAAAGAAGCAUAACAAAAAAUUAUUUUAAAAAGUAGAAAGCAAGAGAAGUAUUCAAAAUCAUUCUCCUCUUACUCAACCUCAUUAAGCACGUUAAUCUGUCUAGUUUUUAUGGGUAUACAAAACCUAGUCUACCUGGUUGAUAUACUUACAUCACAAAUGCAAUAUUCAAUGAUGUGGCAUUUAAAAAAGCUUGCAGAGUAUUUACAAUUUUUUAUAUUUGCGUGUAUGUUUUGUGUGUGUGUGUGUAUAUAUAUACAUAUAUAUCUUUAUUUUAUUUUUUUCUUUGCAAGCUUGACAUCCAAAAAAAGAAGCAAUGAUAUUUGGAAUUCAUAAACUCUGUUUACCAGAAACCUGUGAUUUGCAUUACUCCAACUACAACAGAGCUCCACUCCUCUUUCAGUAAUUAAAAAG